GGUUCCACAAUUGGGGUGUGGGGCUAUUUGGGGGCAAGUAUGGGGAAAAAAUUCGAUUGCCGAUUAAUUUUAUCGAUUUUUAUCACACACACACACAGACACACACACACCGAUCGGUGCCUCCGCGUCUUAACUCACGUUACUCAUUUCCAGUCCGGUCUCAUCUGGGGACAUGCAGCUGCCUCAAUAAGAGAAGUAGCUCGAUUACAUAAUGUUUACUGUUGUUUAUUCUACCAUUACUGGCACGGCUAACAGUGUAGCAAGGCUAAUAGCAGGUGGCUAACUCUAACUUUAGCUUGCAUAUCACAUGGUGCUACACCGUUAACUCGGCGUGACCGGGACCAGCACAGAGGGGAACAUUGUGAAGUGGGUUGAACUGAAACUUGUUGACUUCACAAACUGGUUUAUUUACCGUUGAGGUGGACCACUCUCCUCUGUGCGUCACUGAGCUGUCUGCUUCAGAUCCGUCGCUCUGCUGUGCUGUGAGGUAGUUAGUGGAUGAAGAUUGUCAUGAGGUCGCUGCGCCAUCUACAGGAUAAGUCGGGGAACUUUUCAAAUGGCAGAACAUUUUCGAAGUGAAACCGAAUCUUAUUCUCCACAUUUUAUUUCUGAAAAUAUCGGUGAAUAUUGGCGAGUUUUGGCCGAUUGCUGAGUAGUCUCAAAAGGGGUAAAAUUGGCCCUAGUUGGGCCCUAGUAUGUAUAUCAUUAGGAAAGCAAAGACCCUGAAAUGAGGGUACAGAGGGGUGGGGGUGCUCCUCAUGUAUUGCUAAUCUUUUUCAUUUGAGCACAAGUAUCUUCUGUUUGUUCAGAAAAUAACACAAACAUAUUACAAAAGGAAAACAGCACAUGUGGAGGAGGUGAGCGAAAUUCUUUAGAUUUCACUGUGUGUAUGUUUUAAACAGACUUUCUUGAGACUCCAUUACCUCAAACAUACAGUUUGACAUAAAUCAGGUUGUCUUUGUUUUGCAGGAUGAAAAAACAGUAAGCACAAACCUCAUUUUGUUGCAACUCUACCAGAUGAGAAAUGCUUGACUGCAGGGCAUUGUCAUUUACCAGAACCUGCUAUUUUGUGCAAAAGUAUGUCAGCAUGAUUUGUGCUCUCUACUGAUACUUGUGGAAGUCUGUUUUUGUCCCAAAUUACUGGAAAAAUCUCUUAUGUCAGCCCACGACUUUUUAUCUAAAUGAAAGUAGAACAAACAAGAGUGCUUCAUGUGGGCAACACAUGCCAUUGUUUGCUGGGUAUUCUGCAGGUUUGGGGGAAGCUGGUGGAGAGCGGGUUUGUGUGUUUGUGUGUGUGUGUGUGUGUGUUGGCAGGGUUAGCUGUCUAACUCAAUCCGUCCAAGCUCAUGUUUCCCUGUCGGGGUAAACGUAAGCCAGCAGUCAGAUAUGUCACACAUUAAAUGCCAGUUUCAGGGAACAAAGUCACUUCUCUGUUUUUUUUUUUUGUCUACAUUUCUAAUGUCGAGCUGAAGGGAAGAAGUCGCAGAAACACCGUGGAGGUGAGAAGGAAACAAAGAAGGAUACUGACGAGGGACGCACCAUUAUAGAGCAGGGGAAGACUCCACUAAAAAUGCUGAUGUGCUGUGUGUGUGUUUGUGUAUGUGUGUGUGAGUCUGUGCGUGUGCGCAUGUGACAAGGAGGUAACACAUGGUGAUGCUGUUCCUCUCGAGGAGACAGAGAACUGUCACAAUCUGCACCUUAAGCACUCUCUCUCUCUCUCUCUCUCUCUCUCUCUCUCUCUCUCUCUCUCUCUCUCUCUCUCUCUCUCUCUCUCUCUCUCUCUCCCUCUUGCACUGUCUCUCUGUUUCAGGAGGGCAUUCAAAAUGAUUGAGUUUUUUUUAGGCAGGGAGGGGGGGGACGUUACUGUGAAAUAACAAAAUUGUAGCCUCUCUGUGCAGUGAUUUUGUCAAGUGGCUGUUGCCCGUCUGUCUCCCACAUUUUCUCAGUCAAGCUAGUUCUCACACAUCACAGCCUCUGCCCCCCAAAACUCCCCUCCUCCCUCUCUCUCUACCUUCUGUCUCCCUCGCUCUCUUUCCCUCUCUCUCUUUCUCUCUCUCUCUCUCUCAUGAAUGUCACCUCUACUGAUGGUGGCUGCUGGAAUUCACGCACACAUACUCUCACAACCACUCGCUGACUUUGGAUGGGAGGAGGAGGAGGAGGAGGAGGAGGAGGGAGAGGAGCAGGAGGAGGGAGGGGGGGUUUGGUGAGGACUGUGGGAAAGGAGCGUGCCACCAUCGGAGGCAGAAGAGGAAUCUCUGUCUGUCUGUGUCCAUGUCUCUGCUCUGUUCCCGAGAUCAUCAUUCCCACAAAGAUUGCCUGCGACCCGCCUGCUGUUCCACCUCUGGAUUUAAGUCUGCUGGAUUACCGCUCCGACUCUCGGCUCAUUAUUCCAGGCUGCCACAUUUAAAUGGGAGGCAAAGUUGGACCACCGUGGACUGCAAAAAUGGUGACAAACAGUUUGAUUUCUCUGGCGAAUUUAGGAGCUUCUUAGCAUUCAAAAUGAUUUCACUUUUCUUUGACAGAAGUGUUUUUAUAUGUAAAAUAAUUUAAGAUCACUCUCUUUGGUAUUGCCUAUUUAAAGUAGGAUAGUUAUUGCAGAAUAAGGUUUGAACUUGGAUAUAAAGGCGCAUCAGGGUUUGAAAGAUGAGUGGAGAAGAGGGGUAGAAAAACGCUUCCAUCUACAGUUUAUUUUUUUUUUUUAUUUCAGUCUAACCUUGGCUUUUCUGUUUUUCUCAGAGCCAAAAAUGUGACUGUUGCACUUUUUUUGUGUCAGAUUUUUAUUUUCGAUCAGAGAGGAGGUUUUUAUAUCAGACUGCAGGUGAACUUGCAUCUCUGUGCUCUCUAAGGGAACCCUCAAACUUAACUCUUGCCUGUUAACCCAUUUAGACGCCCAGAACUCCCCUGUGGGGGCUUCUCUAAAACCUCUGUCCUACUCUAGUUUUUUUUUUUUGAGAGGAAGCAAAAGCCAAAUCAGCCAAAAAAGGGGAGACUAGGAAAGGAAGAUAACCCCCCUCCCAAAGGUGAGAGGGGGGGAAGAUGGCAGCUCUCGCCAGCUCUCUCAUCAGACAGAAGCGGGCGGUCAAGGACGACCAAGCCAACCGACCGGUAACCAACAAGCGCAAGCCCUGUCCUAAGAGCAACAAGUCCCUGUGCCAGAAACAGAUCCUGGUCCUGAUCUCCAAAGUACGACUAUGCGGCGGUCGAAAAGGUCGAAACGAGAAAAGACCAGGUGAGCUGCAGCUAUUGUGUCCAUCUUUCAUUGCUUGUUGGGAUAAUCUGAAGGCUAAAAAAAAAACCAUUUGGUGUAUUUUCAAGAAAUGAUCUGUAUAAUGAGUUCAUUAAGUGAACUAGCUAUCACACUGUCAAGUUUCCUGGUUGAAUUAUUCGGUUUUGGUGUUGAUUAAAUGUCUAUGUCUCUAGUUGUACAGCUUUACUUACUUUUCUUAAUUCUAUCCAUUAAUCUCUUGUAAAUUUGUCUUCAAAUUAUGAAAUUAUUUCCCAUCAGAGACAAAGAAACACCUGAACCCACCAAGAGUUUUAAGUCAAACUAAUGUAUAAUCAUAGUUAAAAAGUAACCAACUCAAUUUUGCAGUCAUAUAACAUUUCAUGAGAGAUUAUUGUAGUGUCUUACAAGCAGUUUUUUUCAUUCUUAAAAAAUUCUUUAACAAAUUGACCGGUGGGAAAUGCGUCUCUUAGCUCUGUAAGUAAACAUCUAACAGGUUAUCAAAUAAAUACAAAAUAGAUGAGAUUAUUGUUUAUAUACAUAAUAGAGCUUUUGUGUUCCCAGAUAUAUGACUAUGCAGGGACAAUAGCAUACAAUGCAAUCCUCUAAUAUGGCACUCAGUGGUUUCUUGCACUUCUGCAGAUUGUGGAAUUUAGUAAAGUCACAGACAUGUAAACUACAUCCCUAUUUUUACGUCAAAGAAGAAAAGUCUACUGCAAAAAAAGAAGAUUGACCUACACAAGUUUACAAAAGUCAAAAUAUUGCUAAUCCAAAAUCAACAGAAAUCAGUCACAGAAAAUGAUAAUCUAACUGCUGUUUGACUGAAUCAUUAACUACUUUGUUUGACUGUAGAGCUGAUUAGGUCCAAAUAACAACAAAAUGUCGGUAAUUACAAUGUAAAUGACCCAAACAAUCCAUGAGCUGAUUUCUGUGGACUGGCCUCCAGAUCAGCUUCAAUUAUGAAAACAUUUUGGCAACAACAUCUGCAACAAAAACAAAUCAGAGUGAAAUAUUUUCCUGUGCUGUGUAACUGUGUCAGGUUCUGUUAAGUUCUCUCUCUCUCUCUUUGAAAGCAGGACUUUAACAUGAGGCUCUGAAUGUAGAAAUGUCUGAUGUGUUGCCAACACUUCCUUUCUCUUUCACAAAUAUGUGCAACUGGUCGGUAAAAAGAAAUCAUUGCACAAGAAAUAUUUGAAAUAGACCAAAUAUUUGGAAUAGAUAUUGUUCCUGCAGAUGAAGUGUGUUUUCACAUGUCUGCAACGUUCAGAAUGAUCAAUAAAUGAUGCAAUACUCUUUUUUUGGCACUAAUGGAGGCAUCCACUAAACUGUUUAUUAUGCAGAGCCCACACGCAUUUUUAAAAUGUAUUUUUCCAGAUGUGAUAAUAUGAUAUUUUGCAAUUUUUUCAGUAUCUACACAACAUUUGGCCCAGCUGUUAAGACUCCUAAAUUAUUUACUUCUUAACUAAGAAAUGUUUUGCUUUAUUCAUAGACACAUUUAUUUAAGUGUAGUACAGCUAGGUUAAAUUAUGCAUAUUACAGAAACGUCUCUGAACCAACAGCCAUCACAAAGAAGUCACAUGCUCGAACAGCUGAUGGUAGAAGAAACUGAUCUAAAGAGUGCGCCUAAGCAGGCUGAACGUGAGAGAGAUGUUCGAUGAGUGGAGCUUUGUGCCUGAUGAAGACUUUCAUUUCAUUCUGCACCACUCCGCUCACACGUCUGCUGUGCUUCAAACAGCAUUGUAAUUCACAAACUUUGAAGUGCACAGUCCAGAUGACUGAUGUGCUCUACAUGAGGCACUGCACUGUGUUUGUUGGGAACGUUGCUGCGAUCCAAAUCAUCUGAAAUGUUUCUGGGGAUGAAAUAGGUUUUUGCUUCAAUUGUUAAAAAUCUUUCUGUCUUAAAGGGGUGUAGUGCAGCUGGCAGCUUUCCUGGCUGUUACGUCUAUUUAAGAAGUAUUGAAAUCACUCAACAGUGUUACUAAAAAAAACAAACCCCUUCAAUUUCAGAUUAAAGGGAUGUAGCACAACGACGGCUCUCUGUAGAGAAACUAAAUUACUUCUUAGGCACUUUAGAGUUUCAAUCAUUAUUUUGGAUUUGUUCUGUGUCGCCUGGACAAUCCCUGCUUUGAUUACAGUGGCUGAAAAUGUUUACAUAAUAAUACCAGAUGUUGUUGUGUUGCACUGUUGAAGGGGUAGAAACUGGAUGGAAAUGCUCCAAACUCACAUGUUGUUACAGUUAAGGGGGUAUCAUCAGUCUUUGUGUUUCCUUUCGGUUGGUCUGUUAAUUGUUCAGGUUGGUCUUCCAUUUUGGGUUCUGCUGUUGUUGUUCAUGCUCUUAAAAUGCCCUUAUGGAUCACAUUGAAAUACAAUUCUUGCAGAAAGUAACAAUCCACCAUCUUUUGAUGAUAAAGGAUGGAAACAGUCUGGUGCAGACAGUCUCUGAAGAUUAUUGUUUCCCUCUGAAUUUGUUCUGAAGAGUGCCAGGAUAUCAUCAAAUUCAGGUUGGUUUAAACAAAAGAAUAAAUAGGCCUUUCUUUCAAAGAGAUCAACUCUCAUUAGAGAGCUCUGAAUUCCUUGAACUCUUGUUGUAAAUCCAAAUCUUUCUGGUUUCUUUUUUGGUUCUCUUAAUGAUGUACAGCAGUAUAUGACGUAGGAAUGUACGCCCCAUGUGCAGAGGGCUAUGUCUCCAAACUGAGAGACCUGGGUUCAAUUCCUACCUGUGGUCCUCUGCUGAAUGCCGUACCUCACUCUUUCUCUCUAUGUUCCUGUCAUGUCUCUAAAAAAAGGCACAAAAACCUUCAAAUUAACUUUAAAGAAGGUAAAAAAAUCCAACAUGGGAACCUACUGAGUUUUUGGUAUUCCUUGACUUCUAGGUUUCGGCAUCUUUCUGAAGCUUCUUGGCAAUCCAUCCAAAAUUUUCCAAAUAGAAAAUGAAAAAGUCUAAGCUGUUUGGUACUAGCAGAACAGACACCAAAGUCAAGAAGAUAGAUCCUUUUUAGAUCAGGUGUGCAUGUACAAAAUCAUCCAAUCAUCCAAAAGUUAGUAAGUCAUCAAUAAACAGUUGUAGGGACCAUCUGAUUGACAACGCCAUAUGUCUUAUAUUCUGCAAUAGCUGCACUGAGACAUUUAUCUGUAUCUUAUAGCAGCUUUGUAACAUCGAUUUAAUUCUGUCAAGCGAGUGCACCUACUCAUAAAUUCAGAGAAGAGGAUUUUUGUUUGGCAGAAAAAGUCACGCUGAAAAAAAAAAAAAAAAAACAUUUUCAUGGUCAUACCUGAAAAUGUCAGCAAUGUGGGUUUAGUACACCAGCUGUGAGAAAGAUCAACAAUAUGCUGUUUGUAAGCUUGUUUUAGUGACCAGCAACUAUUUCAAUGCUCUAAAAGAGUAUCACCAAAUUAAAAAAUCCAGAUCAGGAUCAAAUUCUUUGAUAUUUUGAACAUUUUUCACAACCAGUGCAUCUCCACACACUGCUGUACCAAAAGUGCUAGGUGCUAAGUGACUGGGUUAAUUAGCAAGUAUAGUGUGCUGCAACUGACAUUUCACAUAAUCACUAAUGAUUUGCACUGUGUGAGCGCAACACACAAUGUUACUUUUGACUUGUUUUGAGUCAUCCACGAGCGCAUCAAAUCUUGUCGGACCCUCUUCCAUCAAAGUGAAGGGUAACGGUUAAGCUUAAAAACGGUCGAUAUAGCGGGUAGUGCGGGUUACGAAACGGAAUGUAACAGCGUAGGGAAAAUUCUAGGGGAAAUGCUGCUGGUAUUUAAAAAAGUUUGGUCUCCGAAGCUUUCAAAGCUGACAGUGAAUAAUAUUUUUACACCUCCAUUUGAAAUAAGGGCUUACAGUAAUACAUGGCCAGGAAAUGUGGAUGCUUUUACUGAUUACUGUUAGCUGUUGGGCAUUUGUCCAGUACUUCCUGAGUGAAUACAAAGAUGUCAACCCCUCAGCUUCAACCUUUGUGGUGUCUGGCCUUUGGAGGACUGUUCUGGGCAAAUAUCAAACAAGUACUAACAAAGUCUGCCCUCAUUUGCCAAGUGUGGGAGUGGAGAGUUCACCAACCUCACUUUGGUCCAAACACUCCAGUCAGCAAACACACCAAACAGAGUCUGAUUUUCAGGGGGGAAAAAAAAACCAAACAACUUCUAGUAUCUCUAAGAUCAGCGGCUUGAUUAAGAAGCCUUUGGCACAGCCUGUUAAACUUGGAUAACUUAUUGUCUGCCAACCUUUUGCUCCUCUCCAACCCAACACUUGUGCUUCAAGAAACCCUCACAUUGAUGAUCAUAGCUGUGAAACUCAAGGUUAGUUAUGUCAUCCUGGCUCUAUUCAUGUCAUAUUUCUCCAAUACAGACGAAUAUUUCCACAUACAUGAAGGGGAAGCAACAGAGACAUGCCACAGUAUUCAAUAUCGCUGUACUUAUGUAGUUUUGGUCUGAGGAGAGAAGAAUCUGCUUUAUUUAAGCCACUGACCUUUCUUUAGUACCGUAUUAAAAAGAGGAUUUUAACCAGACAUAGACUUUCUUUAGACUUAACUUUCCCAAGUCUGCGGGCUUUAAAAAAGGCUUAUUAAGAUAAGAGAUUAAGCUUCUACAUUUAUGCAACACAAGUACAAAUCUACAAGUGCUCAUAAUAGUUUGCUGUUUGAAAAAAGUUACUGCCUCGACACCAAGAAAUAUUUAGACACUUUCUGUUCAGUGCAGAGCCAUCCUGAGAUUCUCUGGAUUUUCUACGAGCUAGGAGAGUUUAUUCUGAGCUGUCAUAUUAGCAUCAUACCAGCACAAAUCAUCUAUAUUUACUGCUGCAAUAAAAAGCUGGCUACUGUGAUGAUGGAGGCGGACAUAAACCCCGCUUCUUAAUAUACAUGAGGUUGACACAAAGCUCAAACUUGAUGAGAUCCAUGACAAAUCACAGUCUGAUUUUACCUGCCUCUCCCCUCUUCAUCAUCAUCAUCGUCCUCCUCUGAGUGUCUAGAGGAGGAUGCUGAGUCCCUAACUCUGUGACCUCUUCACAUGCUGGCCUGACCAAUACAAAAAAAAGGCUUUACUGUUAGUGAUCUGUACUGCUGCCUUCCUUUAAGAUCAAUUCUGUUCAUUAAUGUAUGGCAAAUAAUCAAUAAUCAGCUCUUAGUUGGUUCAAGGUGGAAUCUGACUUGAAAGAGGAGGGGGAUAUUGAGCUGCUGGCCUCUAUGUGUCACCUAGUACCCUUCCUCUAAGUUGUUUCUAAUCACUGUAAAAUCUUUGUUCAACACAAUACGAGUGUAUGAGCCAUUUUAUCUGUAUUAUUUUUGGGGUUUUGUUUUGUUACUCGCACCAUCACCAUAAGGGGCACUUCAGGUGAAUGGGCAGGUAAAUGCUACAAAGGGACACAGGUGAAGCAGUGAUCUGGGGAACGGGAAGCGCACACGGUUUUUACUGCUAAUCUCUGACACCACUCUCACCUUCAUCACGCACAUCACCAUCAUAGUAAGUUGGGCGUAUCUGUCUUUUUGUUUGUUUGUUUGUCAUUAAAUCAAUAAAUGGCAAAAGGAUAACUCAGCAACAACCUUGGAUUGGACAUUGGAUUCUACGAGAAGCGCGACAAAAACACCUCACUCUCACACCAAGACGGUGACUAAAAUUCAACUCAGCAUAGUCACUACACGUUAAACUUUGUAGAAUAGAAAAAAGCAGCUGAAGCCAAUACAUAAUGAUUAUCUUCAUGAUUUAUCAAUUUAUCAAAUAUUUUCAGGACAACAUUUUCCUUGGUAAGUCAUAAAUGCUCUAGACUUCUGAUUAAACAUUGAGAAGAAUUAGCAAAUCAUUGGCAAUUUUUGUCAUUAAUUGAUUCAUCAACGUCCAAAACUUUUGAUCAUUCAGUUAUUGUCAACGCCUUUCCAAAAUUUCUUAAUAAAAGAAACCAAAAAACAGCAAAUUCAUGCCAAGUAUCUCAAUGAUUAAUCAAUAAUUGUCAUGAUUAACUGCUUAACCAUUAAGUCUGUAAAAUGUCGAAUAUAUUCAUAACGCCCUGUACAAUAUCCCAUGAAUUUGAGAGGCUGCAUUUUUUCUUGAAAAAUCACCAAAACUAAGGAGUUAUAAGUUGUUUUCUGAUAUCCUUUCUUGUGAUUGGCUUAGCAGACAGUCUAAUCCAAAAUCAGACAGGAAAUGUGAUCAGGGAAAUUAUCUUUCUCAAAUUUAUUUAGGGGAAGAGAAAUGCUCUGACAGUAGGAAUACAAUUAUGCUUAAAAAUAGCUACACUAUUAGCUGACACAUAGCAAACUGACGCAUGAACAUAUAGUGCAGACAUAGACAUCCUGUAGCAUUGAGCUUGUUGGUUGGCAUGAGGGUGCACUGUAGUAUGUUGUAGGAGUAAGCAUCAGAUGGGCCAGUCAACGGUUGGAGCACAAAUGUAGGCCCUGACCGGCGAGCAGCAGCCCAGGUUUGCAAGGAGAGAUCCAGCAGAGGAUAGCAUUAAGCUGACCCCAAGAGAUCAGGGCUGCAAACUCGCUUACUCAACAACACCUGAUCAGACGAUGCAGUGUUAGGUAGCUUCUCAUCAGAACUUUACUGACUGUGACAGGGGUCAGAGAGAGAGAGAAAGAGAGGGAGGAAGAGGAUGACAGUGAGGGCGAGUCUGCAGAGGUAAACACAGGUUUAGAGAGAAAAGUAAAGACGUCAGAGGAAAUUGUUUCAAAAGGUGGAGGUGGAUGGCAGAGACGGGGGUGGACACAGAUAAAGAGGUAAUCAAAAAUACAGGAAGAGAAGUAGGCAGAGAUAGCAGCGGAGAUUAAAGGGAAGGUGGGCGGGACUAGAAAGAGCUGUGAAUCAGGCUGUCAUAGAGGCAGCAUGUAGAGAGGAACAUGAGAUGGGACGCCAUGGGGCUGGAUAUUAACUGUCAAUGCAAAACAGCUUCCUACAGAUGCAAAGUUCUCCCAAGGUUUAAUAAUCUCAGUGGAAAGUAGGUUGUUUUUAAUUGAAAGCUGAGUAUUUGCCUUCCUUUUAAUGAAAGUCGCAGGUGUUUGAGUUAAAGCCUGGUAGGAGGGUGCUGCCUGAAGUAGCUAUAAAAUUCUCUUAUUAAUUAAUUCUCCUAUAAAUCCAUAAAAGGCAGAUAAAUACAGUAUAUAGUUCUGUAUAACACUCAUGAUCAGGGAUGUUUAAGAUUACCAGGUUAAAGAUUCUCAAGUCAGAGGCCCUGAACAUUUUUUCUCCAUUAGCAUCUUUGAGCAAUCAGUUCUUGUCAUUAGUUCACCACCCCACACCAAAGUUGAAUCAGUUGUACUUCUUUUACACAAAAAGGUUUCUUCAUUUUGUCCAGGCACUACCUUCUGGUUUAGAAGGGAGAAGGGUUCAGUAAAAAAAAGAAGACAGUGGCGUUAUAAUGUUGAUCAUCAUGAAUCCCUGAAACUGAAUAAAACUCUGAUGUUGUCCUUGAGUUUGUUGCCAAUCUCAGAACCUAUCAGCCGGUCUUCGAUGACAACAUAACCUCAGAGAGUGACAGCCAUCAUUUCAGGGUUUAUAGUGUAGUCAGCAGUUAGCCAUAAAAGGCUUUUAUCUCAUACUACCUUUUCUGUGUGCUGCUAUUCUUUAUGGUCUGUUGAAUUGAGAUUUGGUAUCUACAUGCAACUUCACUUGUAUGUUGUAGAUACCUGUUUGUAUAGUUUAUUAUUGCAUUGAUGAUGUUAAAAGGUCCCUGACUGAACACACUUUUAAAUCUCAGCUCAAAACUUUUAUUCCUUCACUUUUUACCCAGCAUGAGAGAUGUGUGGUCUCUGUGUGGACUUUGUUGUAUUACCUUUACGGUCUUGUUUUAUGUAUUUUUUGUAUUAUUUGUGGUAUGCUUUUAUUAUUGCAGCUUUUCAUCUUACUGUGCAUUGGAUUAAAGGGAUAUUAAUUUAAUUUAGGGUCAAACACACCGUAACACCGAGUUAGACACCCCCUCGAGAGAUGAAUGUUGCCAACUGCUUGCUUCUCCAGUUAUACCAACUUUGAUAACCACCAAACAUUAGCAAUACACAGCGGUCUCAGGAGCAACACACAAACCUCAACCAAAAAGCAACUCUAUAGCCACAAAUAAUGCUCCUAACUUUAUCAACAGUACAUAUAGGGUCCCAGCCGCAGCUCUUGCCACCAAACAUUUUUUUAACUUGCCUUAUUUUUUUAGCAAAGAGACUAAACACAACUCACCCACGCUCUUCCAGCAGCCGCUUGUUUGUAGCGAGACAUCAUUUCUUCAUGGAAAUGCAAUCAGACUGAGACGCUAAGGCAGAAGAACUACCGUGUCUGCAGUGCAAAAUGAUUAAUAUGGUGAUUAUUACUUUAAGGAAAUGAUACAGAAAUGAUCAUAAAUGUUCUUCCUUGAGCUGCGUCACCCCGCAGCAGUCUGUAAUGGACUGGUCAGAGCUCUCCGUACAAAAAAGCGGCUGCUGGAAGAGAGUAGGUGAGUUGUGUUUAGUCUCUUUGCUAAAGAAAAUUAGGCAAGUUAAAAAGAUGUUUGGUGGCUAGUGCUGUGGCUGGGACCCUAUAUGUACUGUUGAUUAAGUCAGGUGCUAUUCUGAGCAUUAUUUGUGACUAUAAAGUGGCUUUUUGGUUGAGGUUUAUUUAUGGCUCCUCAGACCUCUGUGUAUCGCUAUCCUGCGGUCGUUUCUAAAGAUGGUUUAACUAGAGAAACAAGCGGUCGGCAACAUUCGUCUCUAGAGGGGUUGUCUAACUUUGUGUUACGGUGUGUUUGACCCUAAAUUAAUUUUACGCCGGAAUAUCCCUUUAAGGCUAGACUGACCCAAGAGUUCAGAGCCCGAGCGGUGCACCCCACUGCAUGUUCGGUUUGGUUCAGCACGGUUUGGUAUGGUUUGAUAUGAUAAGCUCUGAUUUCACUUGCAUUCCCACAGGCAACUGUACCUUCAGCACUUCAGACAGGAAGUGUAUUGGAAGUGUGUUGGCCCCAUCGUAGCUUGAUUCUCAUUUUGGGCACACACCCUUGUAACAGAUCAAUUCAACGAUACUGCCAGCAUGAGUUGUGAGUCUCACAUGGGCCUCAAGCACGGAAAAAUCCAAAGAGUAGAAGGCUUGCCAAUUUUUUCUAGGAGCCAUGUGUAAAUCUCAGCCAGAAUAGAGAGAACAUUGAUCAGAUGAAGACCACAGUGGCUUUGAAUCAGCAAAAUUUCUGCCAUGAGCGUGUCAAUUACAGCAUGGGCACACCUCUGGAGGGCUUUUUAGAGUAAACGCACAAUCAGCGAAGAGACUGUCUUUGUUUUCACACAAUACCUUUAUCUUGAAGUUAUGUCAAGGAAAGUUAUUUAGUAAAACAAAUUUUCUUGAACCACCCUUUUUUCGUUUCCAAGCCUACAGUUAACUUUUGUUGGGGACAGAGGUUGUUAAUCAUGUCGGCUGCAGGAUAGCUGUUAGCUAUCAACUAAAACCAGGUUAGAGGAAAUAUUUCAUCUUUUGCAACCUCUCUCCCUUUUCAUCUAUCUCUGUGCCUCUCUCACUGCUCAGCAGGUGUCAUUUUUUAAGUUUCCUGAUAAGACCACAACAGUGUUAAAACACCUGCAAGCAUUCCAUGAUGUGAAAACAAAUGUAUACAAAGCAGAGUCAAAAUUUAUUUAGGUACAAAAUUUGAUCAAAUAACAUCUGGUUAGGAGAGAAAUAUUUCAGUACAAUCUCACCUCUCUUUUUGUGAACAGAUUGCAGUGUGUAUAGCUCUUCACUUUGCUACUCCAACAGAAAAAUAUUUAAAAAAAGUAGAACAGUAAGGAUCAAUUGUUUUGGCACUCUUCCCAGAUGUUGAUGGAGAAUGGAGAUACUAAGAAUUGUGUAUGGAACCAAAAUGGACCAGACUUCCCAAGAACCCCAAGAGUGUUCUUUUGCUGUGUUGGGAAGCACCCUAUUUUCCUGCAUACACAACUGGGCACAACAACCUGGACUACAAACAAAAACUAGGGCUGUAUUCAACUUAAGAAAUUCUUGGUCUCUGAAAACCCUGAAAUUUCUGACCAAAAAUUGACUAAUGGGGGAGGGUUCCUACUCUGACGGCAAACCCUUCUGCGGCGGGGGCUGACACGGCUCAGUGGAGCAUGGCUCGGCGGGGGGGAAAUAUACUGAUAUCAACACAAAAAGGCAACUAAACACAAAUAUUAUAUUCAGCAAACUACCAGACAUUAAUUAACGUUGACGCUCUUCAAUCUUCCUGUCUCCAGCCAGUCUCCAGUUGGUUGGGCGAAUCCAAAAUGGUGAAAACAGGCGGGGUGUUCUGAGACAGGCUGUUACCUCUGAAACAGUGUGCUCUCAAAACACCCACAUUAGCACUUGGUACGUUCCUCCUGAUGAAAUUAACCAUAGACUGUAAAAUGACAGAAAAAAGUCGAGUCCACCAAUCUGAAUUUUAGUCGACUCUGCACAUAUUGACCAAUAGGUCGACCAGUCGACUAGGACUUUACAGCCCCCAAAAAAACCCAGAGCAACUUGAAUGGAAAAAACCUGCUCUUGUCUCUUGAGGGGUGGCAUUUUUUCAGAGGAUCUUUUAGUGAAAGAUAAGUUUGCACCCACUCUAAGAUGCUGGGUUGUCCCCAUGUUCCCAGAUCCAAGCCAAGUUUUCUGUUUGAUUUACAUGUCCUACCUUUUGAUUUAAACAGCUGCUCAACUUUUCAGAAUUAAAGUAAGACCUCAAUCUUUCCAUGACAUUGAACAAAUGCUCUAAAUGCCAAGAAAAAGCAUGACAUACUGUUUUUAACAUGCUGAAAAUAUGUAGUAAAUAGGAAUUUUCUGCUUAAAUGUGGGUUUUUUUAAAGAUUGUGGCCCUCAUGGUUUUAAAAAGGAAAAAAAGGUAAAAGCACAGUCCUCUUUGUAUUUAUUAACAGACUCUUUCACUACACAAGAGACAUGUUCCCUAUUUCUUGCAUAUAUGCAGCACAUGUGCAAAUGUGUGCAUGCAUGCAAUCACUCAUGUACUGUAAGCAUGCAUGCAUACACUAACAGGAAGGAGAGGUAUAAAAAGAGCACAGGGUGGAAAAAAAGCAUGAUAAGGAAAGCAGCGAGAGUCAGGGAGUCCUGCAAAUAUGAAUUGAGGAAAUCCCUUGUUGUUUAGUUCAGUCACAGAAGCAGAAGAAAUGCCCUUGGUUUCUCAGUCACGUUUUCUCACUUUGCUCAUAAAAAAUUAAUUCAGGUAACAUUGCAAAACUCUAUACUGGGGUUGUACUGCCAUCAAACAGUUUUGCUGUUAAUAUUUCAGUGUGGUAAUCAUAAAUGUAAAGAGAAUAAGGUCCACCGGAAAUCAAUUAACAGACCUAAAAGAACAGAGUGGCAAAUCAAAUUUGCAGGAAAAACAAAACAUGUUUCAAAUCGUGGUUUCCCACAGAAUUGCUAUAAUUAAUCGUAGUUUAUCUCAACAUUCAGCUUUUUCAAAAUGUUCACUCUAUAUCAUAUGAUCAAAGCUCCUGUGAGAACGUUUUUGCUGUUUAUGAAAUAGAAUGAAAUUGAUAUACACAAAGCAAACAAGAUCAUCAGCAACAAGAUUAACAAACUUUACCUCCUUAUAUUUAACACCUGAGACCAGUGCAAGAGCGUAGAGGUCAGCACAGCAGCUGAAGACAAAGCUCUUUUUGUACACUUUCCACUUAAAAUAUUCACAAUUAAUAAUAAAUUUGAAUGUCAAAAGUCAGAAUUAUGAGAUUUUCUGUCAGAGGACAACCUUAGGCAUGUACAAGACCAGCUCAGCAAAGACUAAAAUUGACACAAACCAAAAGUUCAUCAUGGGAGUUUUAAAUAACCUGUUUGUCCUAUGCUUGAUAGUGAUUUUAUGUUUUCAGGCUCUCCCUCUUUCUUGAAGGGGAGUAUCGUGCUUUUCCACAUUUACAACAAAAACUGCAAAGUUACAAAGUUUGGUGUCCAUACAAUAUGUAUGCAGAGUUUCAAAUCACAAGGUAAACGUAUUUAGUCAUAAUUCGAGAAAGUAGGUAUAAACUGCUCAAAUUUUGGACAGAUGCAUGAUAAUGCAAGACCGUAGAUGUAAGACUUACUUAAGAAUUAUAGAUUCUCCUUACUGGUUCAUGUGGUUCCAGCAAAGUGGAGCAGCCUGCCUCUGACACCCACAGCAAAGCGGGGUAACCAUAGACAUAAUAAUUUAUAUAUAUGAUGUGUAUGGGGGUAACGCUCAGCUGAUCGAACACAAUACAGAGUGGGCCAAAACAACAAGCUCUGCCCUUGGCUUUCGGAAAGCCUCAGGUGAGAGGGCCAAUCAGAAGAAAGUAGGCUUGUGGAGGGGGGGGCCUUAAAGAGACAGCAGCCAAAACGAAGCACAGGCUGAAAAAAUAUUUUAAUGCACCAGAGUAAGAAAUUAGCAGCUUUUCUGGAUCUGAAAAUCACAUAAAGCUAUUAAAAAGGUAUCAGAGAAGAAGUACAGAGACUGAAAGAAAUCCAUUAUACCCAAUUCUUAACAAGACUAGAGCUUUUUUCAUUUUAAAGUCCAAAUAUAAAGUUGUUGAUAAAACCACAUCAUUUUUCUGUAAAUAACUAGCCCUCAAAUACUUUCUUAAAAUAAAAAAAAACGAGGUUUUGUUGAUAAGUCUGAUCAUUUUUCACGGUAAGGUACUGAAACAGUAUUUUUUUGUCCUUAGUACUGGAACCAAAACUAGGUUAUCGUUAAAGCACACAUUUUGAAAAUAUUCCAAGGAAAGCCAGCCCUAAUCAAGAUUUAAGAGAUUUCCCAACAGUAGCUUUCUACUUGUCUGCAUCUGGAAGAGAUAAAUAAAAGAUUAGUGGUUGAAUUAAAGGUCAUCUAAAUUGUGAGGAUUUUUAGCUUUGAGCCCUUUUUCAUCAGAGAGGACUUAAGUAUCUGGUACCAAAUGGUCUUAGAUGGCGAGGAUGGGGAUGCAGCUGUUCAUGGACAGAAUUAGGUGAUCUUGUUAAAUCACGUACAACGUGUCCCGAUCAAAAACAAGUUUGGGACUCUGAUCUUUUAGCAUGAUAAAAAGCUAAAAUAGUUUAAGGGAUUCAUUUAUGUAUAAGUCUAUUUUAAAGGUGCAUGUAGUACCUUGAUGUUUCUGGGUUGCAGUCAAACAUAUUGAGCCGUAGAGAUUUUGUAAAAAAAAUGGCCUUAAGUCUUGUUCAAAGUAGGGCGGGGGAGGGAUGUGUGCACAGGGAAGUCUCUUUUGUUUGCUGCUGUCCUGAAGAUGCCACCUUAACCUCCCACACAAACCUGCUAAAUUGAAUCUGUGGGUGUUUUGAUUAAAGCUGACAAGGACAGAUUGAAUUUAGCUCUAACAAGAGAAAGACAGUGAGGAUGGAGGACACCUAUAGAGGUAAUGAUGAGAAGACAGGGCGAAAGAGAGGCAGAGAGGAAGAGGGGCAUGAAUGGGAGAUUUACUGCAGGGGAAAGAGGCAGGCGUACCAAAAAUAUACUGUCUGUAAAUGUAUAGUUGUUUAAAUUGAUCGCGUUUGUUAUUAACUCAAAGCUUUCUCUCCAAGAUCAUCAACCUGUCAAUCAGUAUUUCUUCUGCAGAAUAAAACUGACCAUGACAAUCUACUCAUGGAAUUCCUCUUGCUUUUCUAAUGUAUUCCUGAGUAAUAAGGUUUUAUCACAUGUACCUCAUGGGAGUUUAACAAUCCAUAACCUGGAGCUCCCCCACCCUCCAUUUGUAAGAACCUAUAAUAUGAGAUAUUCUGCUUAUUUCCCACUAGUGUUACAGAUAAGAGAGUCGUGAACAUAUGUCAUUAUAAGGCGAAUCAUACUGUAACACUGAGACUAUAAUUUUUAGCUGUUGUCUGGUAGUCAAGUUUGGACAGUGUAGUUCAGAUGUGGGAUCAGGAACAGUUUGCUCUGUUCUGUAAAAUUACAUUUGCUCCAAAGAUUUUACCUUUAAAACUUAACAGAGUUCAUUUACGUUGUUUUCAAGACAUGCACUGAGUAACCAUGGAAAUCACAAAUACUACUUUAGGAAAAAAAACUUUAAUUUUCUCAAAAAUUGACAGUGUGCCUUAUAAUUGAGCGCACCUUAUUACUUGUUGUGCCCACUGACCGAUUUUAUGUGGUAUUGUGCCCUCAAAAAUCUGUCGACAUGUGGAAGUAGGACUUUGGUAAGCAACAAAGCAGCUCCGCUCGAUGGAUUCUCAUCAUUGGGCAUUGCGGUACGCUGUGUCACUACCUGAUCAGCCCUGCAACAGGACCCCGACUGUAAUGUCUAAACCAGAAUUGCAUUCAUGUAAGGCGGCUCGGGCUUGGAGUAUGCACUAGCAACAAGAAACCAAUCAAUGCUUAAUGCGCCUCACAAUCCGGUGUGCCUUAUGUGUGAACAUAGACAUGUUAAUUCACAGUGUGCCGUAUAAUCCAGUGCACCUUAUCACCCGAAAAAUACGUUGUAUCAAAAUAUAUCAUAAUGCCUAUCUAUACCUGCUACAUACUUUCAAAAGAGUCAUCAAUUCAGCUGUUUAUUCAAGCAUGAGCCAUAACACAGGAAAUGAGAGCAGACUGUGUAAUGCAGAGCAAACAAUAGUAAGCGCUUAUUCCUCCUUGGGAAAACAAAAACAUGGUGUUUCGCUGUGCCGUCUCAACUACUAUGAAAUAUGAUUUGUUUUGGGAAUGAAAUGCUGUUAAAAUACAUCACCUUCAACAGUGAUUUUGUACACAAGAAUCUGGGAAAUUAUGGUGAAGCAUUUUCCCUCAAAAAGCAGAGGAAAAACAGACCUAUACAGAGUAAAACUGUUUAGAAAUUAGUUUAAAAUUGUAAAAGAUCAAGAAACCUUUUUUCUGUUCAUUCAAAAUUUUUGUCUGAUGAAAACUCAACUUUACGCUUUUUUACUCACAUCAAAGUCUCCUUUUGCCCUCUAUGUGCCAGUUUGGCCAUAUUUAUUGAGUGGAAAUACUCAAAUAUUAAACUGACGAUGUCCUAAUUGCCGGUCAGGCUUUGUCACUAACAUGCAUCCGGAUAAGUUUAUGAAUCAAAGCGAGUAAGACGCAUGGAGGCAGAGAGGAUUUCUACCCAGGGUGCACUUGUUCCAGAUAAGUGACCAAGUAAACACUGCACCCCUAAGACUACUCUGCCUCUUACAGGGGUACGUUGCUUGUAUUUUGAGUGGCAGACAGUGGGGGAAAUAUCAUGGAUUUUAAAAGUCCCAUAAAAUGUAUUCUUGUGUCAUUUCUGUCCACAUAUGUUUGCCACAGAUUUUAUUACCUGUGACAUAUCAUCAUUAAAAAAGGUCAGUGAUGAAAAGUUUUCAUCAUAAUUUUGAUCUUUGAGUUCUUCGAGCACAUCAUGGUGUGUACAUUUCUUUGCCUCUGAAUGUUGAAUCUGUGUCAGUUCAAUAUAAAAAAAAUACAAUAAUAUUCUUCUAAAAUCUACCAUAGGCUCACUCCUCAUAUGCAAAGCUGCUCUCAAACGCCUGUUCACGUGGUUUUCUUCUUCUUUGUUCGAGGAUUAUGCUCUAUCAGGACUAAAUCAAAGAAAAUCAAUAAAAGUUCAAAUUCUGAAUCCUUUGUUGUCCAUCACUGUGCUGUUACGCUUGUUCGUUUGUUUAUUGUGUGAUCAUCACAGGAUCUGACAGAGGUCUGGACCCCCGUGGGAGUAGAGGAAUGUUUGUGUCUGUUUGUGCUGCAUAUAUUAAAGCUCCUAUUUGUGUCCUUGCUGGAGGGUCCAUGGGAAAAGAACGGAGAGGUGAGGUGAUUUGGGGAGCUGCUGCUUGGCUCAGUGGUCUUGCGCUCGUGCUUCCAUGAUUUGAGUUUGAACCAGAGGGGUAAAAUUGUAAUUAUCAAGUAGCUUUAAAACCUCAGUAUACAGCCUGUGAAUCCCCUGUGCUGUCACUGAUACAUGCUGUCAUAAUGCUAAUGAAGCACAUAUGUGAAUAGUGAAUGUGUGUCAGGGAAGCAGCGUGAGUCCUAUUUGCUGCUGUCCGUGUUUGACAUGCUCUUGUCAGCACCAUUAAUAAGCUGCAAUAACUCUGUCUCACUUUGGUGAACUGCUGCCACUGUCACGCGAAAUGAUUCAUGAAGCUUUGAAUUUAAAUUAAGAUGACAUUGUUGGCUGUUGCAGGUUACGGGAAACACCUCAUAUAUUCCUAUUCCUCCUUUAACCUCCGCCCCUAUCUGCGCUAUCCCUCUUCUUCUUCCUCAACUACCUCUUUUUUCAACCUGUCUCCCCUUAUCUCCUCUCCCUCCCUCUCAAGCAUGUCACACUCUGUAUCUUUGUAACGCUCCUUCACUCCAUCACUGCCCUUUUCUUUCGCUCUUGUCAUCCCUCCCUCUUUUAUUUCCGGACAUACCUCAGUUGUAUUGUUAACUAGCUUUUAUGACUUCAUUCCUCCCUUUCCUCUCUCCUUCUCUCCCCCUCUAUCUUCCCACAAGGUUGAUAAUUACUAGCAGCACUGUAGAGCUCAUGGCCCAGUUUAGAAAAGGAAGGAAAAAAGGAGGAACUAUGUUCUCCUUUUAUUGGAAACAGAAUCAAACAGGACACAAGAGACUUACUCCCCAUUUCUUGCAUAUAUGCGGUACACAUGCUCAAAUGUGCAUGUAUGCAUGCAAUCACUCAUGUACUGUAUCCAUGCAUGCAUACACAAAGAGUGCUAGGAGAGGUGUAUAUUAAGACAGCAGCUGAAAGUGAAGGAGAGCACAAGGAGGGAGGGUGGAGUCAGGGAGUCCUGCAAAUACAAACUGAGGAAAACCCCUGUUGUUUGGUCUGGUCAGAGCAGAGAAGAAGAAAUGCCCUUGGCUGCUCAGUCACGCAGGCCCCCCCUCCCUCCUCUCCUCUCCCCUCCCCCCGUAAUUACCUCCAACCUUAUCAAGAGGAGCUCUGCUACAGGGAGAUCAGCCAGCGACAUACUGAGCUCAAAUCAAGCCCGAUAAAUACAUUAGUGUAAUGAUAACCAACACCGAGCCAUACACUACCCUGAUUAGCGAUAAACCUCAACCACUGCUUAUUCUGCAGAGCAAUUACAUCGCAGAGAAGGGUUUAAGUGUCCUUGAUAGCAGCUGUGAUGCAUGAAGUGAUUACCUUGGGUUCUUAUGUGCAUUGACCUCAUUUAUACAGACACACACAUAAUUGCAGUGUGAAUGGCUGUGCUAUAACACGAGGCUCCAGCCUCCCCCAGGUGAUUUUCAAAAUGAUUAUCAGUGCUGAAUGUAAAUUGAUGAGGGGCAUCCCUGUGUAGACGACGCAGCGGUAACUUCUGGGAUUAGAGGCAAACCCAAUUUAAUAAACAAAAUGCUCUUAUGGCACUAAUCUCCACUGCUUUAAGAAAACUUAUACUACUUACUUAAUAAUCUGUUUACACCCUGAAAAUUGCUGAAUUAAAUAACUUUCAAAAACGGUAUCCUAGUUUCCUAUCCUUAGUGUGUGCAUCAACAGGGAAAUCCAUCUGAAGUGCACUUUGAGAUGUACUUCUUGUCGUUUAAAUAGUUACACGAAAUGAAGGCCGGGGGAUAUAAAGAUCUCAGUUGGAGGACGCUGUAACAAACGAAUCAACAAUGAUGACAAUGUUGAGACAUUAAGGAUGCAUAAACUAGACAAUCACAACAACUGGUAAGUCAGGAGUCUACUGCUGCAUGUGAAGUACAUGUCUGAGCGCACGCCCACUUCCUGCUCCAGAUCUUUGUUUGAGCUGCCAGAGAAGAAAGUGAAUGUUUUCUAAAAAGGAGACUAAAAAUAUGGAACAAAGGAGCGUAAGAGCAACAGCGAAAGUGUCUCCCCAUAGUUCUCCAAAGAUGAUAAAAUGUUUGUCUGAUUGAUCUUCAAUUAUAAAGGGACGUAAGCUAAAGUUUGACUGACUGCAAUAAAGUUUGGAGAAACAAUUAUUCCAAACAUAAAAUUGCUUUAUUUGGAGUUUUCUUUUUAUCGUUCAGUCUGUUUGAUUCACUGAAGAUUAUUUGGCUUCAAUUAUAAGCCUUUUUAAUAAUGAAAGCUGAAGGAAUCCUGACCCACAAAAAAGCCAUAUUUCUGCAAACAAUCUCAGCUAAUAAAAGCAGCUCAUAUCCCUGCUCCACCUGAAACCCUUCCAAGCUUCUUCUGAUCUGGUUCAUGUUUCUCCUGGUUUAAAUCACAGGGUCCUUUUAGAGAGGAAGAGACCUCCGUUUCAAGUAAAAACCCUGUGAUUGUUGAAAAUACUUAAACCAGAGUUUGAGUUAUGUAGAGAAGCCAGUGGGAGCUCAUACAGCUUCCGUAAAGCGGUCUGAGCUCAAAGACGGUGAGAGGAUGACUUUUUUUCUACUAGACUGUUGAAUGUAAACAACUCUUUCCCCUUCAGUCACACUUCAUGUAGGAGGAAGUAGCAGAAAUAAUCAAAUCACUUAACUGUUACUGCAGGAUGAUACACAGCACUAUUUGACAUGUGUCUGGGGUGCAUGCACCAAAUGUAAUAUGAUAGAUAUAUGUGCUAUUGUGAAUGUGCAUGUGUGUACGUGUAUUGGACCACAUUAUAAGCAGUUUUAUUUCUAUCUGCAUGUUAAACCUUACACUUUGUCCAUCAUUUAUUUAUGUACUAUCUACCAUUGUAGGUUCGGGUUAGGGUUGACUCCAAUCGAGCUCAGGCUUUAACUCAAACCCUGUACUAACUCCUAUACAAGCCAAGUUCCUUGAAGCAGAAGCUAGUGUCAAAGCCCCUCUAACAACCUGUGGCUCAUUAUGAUUUAACAAAACAAUCGUCACCAAUCAAUUCAAGUUUUCCUAUAAAUUCUCUAUUUCUUAUAAUGGUAGGCCAGAAAUGCAAGUCAAAUACAGUGUAGGCCGUAGCACAUCCACAAAUCGGGGCGGGUCUUCAUUUAAUGGCUGCUGUCAUAAUGUUAAAACAUUUCACCGCUUAAUUGUCGGCAGGCACAGAUGACAAAUUGCAUAUCCCAGCGUAGCAGGGGUGAUCAGUAUUGAUCUAGAAAAUGGGGAUGAAUGUAAAUGUAGUCUGUGUCUGAGUAAACUGGCACAUAAGGACUCCGCUGGUAUGAUGUGUAACCCCACUGGCAUGUGAAUAUGAAACCGAGGGGCUGGUGGUGUUAGCUCGAUAUUAAACUUGGCUAACUUAUUUGAUGUUGUUGAAACAAAGACUUUGUGAUCAAGGAAUGAUCAACAGAUUGUGCCCUGCUUUUACUGUUUACUGAGUGUUUUCUUACUUUUAGCCAAGCCACUUACCGUGUUUUCCGGACUAUAAGGCGCACUUAAAAUCCUUAAAUUUUCUCAAAAAUUGACCGUGCACCUUAUAAUCCAGCGCGCCUUAUGUAUGAUUACUUGUUGUGCUUACUGACCGAUUUUAUGUGGUACAAUCCGCUCACUACCUGAUCGGCCCCGUAACAGGACCCCUGAGCAGUCUACAAGACUGCCUGACUGUAAUGUCUAAACUAGAGGUGCAUUCAUGUAAGGCAGCCUGGGCCCAGAGUAUGCAUUAUCAACAAUAAACCAAUCAAUGGUUAAUGCGCCGUACAAGCCGGUGUGCCUUAUCGCCCGAAAAUACGGUAGUUGAAUUUUCAAUUUCUGUUUAAACAGUUGAGAAAUGAGAUGCUUCAGAGCAUCUUUAGUCAACACGAAUAUGCUUUGUUUUGUUCUUUUUUUCAUGGUUAUAUUUGUCAUUUUAAACUAAAACCUCUAAAACAUGCAAAAACUUUAGCAGGCUUACGUCAAUACUCACAGAAAAAGUUAUACGAUUAUGUAAUUAACUACAUCACAUAGAAGGUCAUAAAAAGCCUGUGGUAAAACAUGACUACAAUCUCUUCUGGACAUUUGGCAAAUACAGUAUAAACUUAUAGUCUGAUCCUUUAAAACUCUCUUUGUACACACUUGCUUCUCCACUUGUCGACUGCAAGUCAUAUUUGCGCUCAUGUGUGGAGAGGUCACUUGGAAAUGGGCCUGCUGAUGAGUCAACAUGUUGUCGGUUGUGCUGACAACCCCCGGUGCUGCUGAUGUACAUAAACAAGACAGGGAGCUCUCUGUGACCCACACUCCACUGACCUGGAUCGGUGGAUGUUUUCUGUCACUCAAGCCCACACGUGUCCCCCCAAGUGAUGAAAACAAGCACACAUGUCCUCUCCAUGGGAAAUUCCCAGGACAGUGGGGGCUACUCGGUGUGUUUCUGGCACAGCUUAUGAAGGUUUCGCAGGGCAGAUGUGGGCAUGUUCGCCCUGAAAGAUAAAGUUCAGCGCCUCCCAGAUGUUUUAAACAACAGAACAGGGUUGCACCUCACAUAGGCCAACUAAAACCAUACAGGAUACGGAGUUAACUAAGGCUCUAAGUAACCUCUGUCAGCUUAAUAGAGGAGCAGUUUUACAACAUUGUGUUCUUAGGCAUUCUUAGUCCUCUUUCCAAACAGUUUUUCACACUAAAAUUUCAACAACAAACAAACCAUCCAAUAUUUUCUUUGCAGGCAUUGUUUUGAAUUCAAACUGAAUAUUUAAGGGAGCACAAAUCAAGACACAGAAAAACAUCUUCAGCCACGAGCAACUCUCAAAACAAGAGACUGUUUGGUGUUUACUUACAAUCAAAUCUGAUGAGCAAACAAGCACUUUUGAUUCCUAUUUUGUCAACCUGCGAGUGUGCUGCAUCCAAGGAUAAGACAAAAGAGAAAUCUCUUUGUCCACAGGGGGCGCCAGAAUCAACACAAACCAUAAGUUCCCCUCGGCAGCUUUAACCAAAAAAUCUAUGAGGAGUACUGGUUUGACUGAAAAGACUCAAUUUCAUACAGUAAGUUACUCAGCUCACAGGUCACAUGAAGAGAAUCCUUCUGUGCCUCGAAACUAUCAGUAAUACCAUAGACUGAGCUGAACUACUGGACCAGGCGCAGAAAGAUAUACACAUCCUCGCAGAAACUCGAUGUUACUUAAUGCAAUUCGAAGUCUUGACACAAAAACACAGUUAUAGCUUUUUCUUUCUACCUGAAACCCCAAAAGAACUGUCUGUGGGUAGACCAGUUCAACUUUUAAUCAGGACUCUACUGUAUCGAAAGAUCUUUGUUUGCCCAGAUUAAGUGUGAAGGUAACUGGAUGUUUUUUCUAAAAAAUUGUAUAUUAAGGCAUUGCCCCGCUGGCUCACCUGGUGUGGAUCUCAUGGACAGAGGCUGAGUCCUCUCCAAGAAGCACAGGGUUUGCUUCCAACACUUGCUCUUUGCCGCAUGUCAACCAGGCUUCUUCUUCGCCAUUUCCUUUUUGGCCAACUGUGUCAAGAAAGAUGGAACUUAAUUAUUUUGAAAUUUAAAAGAGGAAAAAGUAAAAGCAGCAGAAAAUUAUACUUAUCAAGUGAAGUUAACAUAAGUACGAGGCUGAAAUUGAAUGUAUUUGCCACCACCAAAUUUGGAGAUGUUUCACUUUGACACAGGGUUUGUCGGGCUUCAGGCUUCAUUAAACUGUGUUUACUUUUGGCCCUCUGCCAUACAAAAUAUGCUCACACUGUUUGAAUACAAGUGCACCCUAACAUCCAGCACUAAACAUGACCUUUGAGUCAGUAGCUUUCCGGGUUAUCAUCUUCUUUGUUUACCCCUGUGGAGCAGUGGAAACUACAUGUGCACACUACGUACCCUCAUGACACAAACACGGGCCUUUAGCUCAUGUAAACAACAAUGUGUACCGUGCUAAGCCGAGCAGAGGUAGACUGCUGUCACAGUGUGUCACUGUCAGUCUAACUACUUCUGCGGGGCUUAUGAAAGAGGACAAAAGUAGACUUGCUCUGUGCUCACUCUACUGUGAUUACUGAGACACAAACCAUUAUAUUUUUAACAGGUUCACUCAAGCGUAUUAACACACUCUGUUUAGUUGAGACGUAACAAGAGUACUACCAAGUUACCCAAAAUAAUCCAAUGAUGUAAUAUUUGUCGUUUUAAUUAGGGCUGUCCAAAUACAACUGUUUUACUUAUAUGAUAUCAAUAUUGUAGCCUUCAGAAUAUUCGCCAAUACCGAUGUUGAUCCUAUAUUAGCACAAAUUUGUUCAUUACAAGUUUUGCACUCAACUGCAAUGUCUUUUUCGGAUUUUAACAAAAAAUACUGCCACAUGGCUGACAUCACUCCGAGGCAACUCCUUGCUACUUGGUUACUUUGCUAGUAUACGCACUGUUGGUGUGAUCAUGUGGGCUCUGCAUGCUGGAUCCAGGCUCUGCUGGAUAAAGGUGCUGGAGCAGAGUCUGGAAUGGACUCCUUGUAGUUUUAAUGGUUAAAAUCAUUAACAGAGUGUCUUUGUUGAGAUUUACAGCAGCUGGUUUCAAAAAAGUCGGGAUUUUAGGGAGCCAGGAAGGUCUAAUGAAAAGACUUCAUCAAUUUGCAUUAUGGGAAAUGUAGGAUCCAGUGUUCCUGGAGUUCGAGUCAAACUCGACUGAAGUAAGUAGUUUCUCUCACUCUACUGCUUCGUUUUCAAUUAUUCUUGAGCGGUUUCUUGUGAGUUCCCCCAACUUUCUUGAAGUGCAACACAAAAUCUCUCGAGUACCCUAUUAAUUUAUCCCCUCAAGCCGACUGAAAGGUUAAAAAAAAAGCUACAUUCCAGUUCAGUGCAACACAUGAAGGCAUCAGCAGCCGCAUGCUAUUUAGUUUCUGGUAUGAGACUUUUCCAUGACAAUGGAAAUCAUUGUUUAGAGAGGAAAAUAUACAGUAACAUACAGAUUGUCGGUAUUGUGAUAUGUUUAUAGAAUAGAUAGAUGUGUGUUUUCAAACCUUAAAUACAGAUGUGUUUUUGCAUUUGUCCUCUGUGUUGUGUACACAAUUGUACUUUAUUUGGAUGGGAGGGGUGUGUUACUUUGGCAGCGAUGUGACAUGUUUGUUGAAAACUUGAUAUAUUCACUCUUGAUACAGCGUACUGCAACAUUAAAAACAACAGCAGUGUGAGAGUACGGGUGGUCUGUGUGUGUGUGUGCGUGUGUAAGUGAGUGUGUGCAUUAUGCAGACACAGACGCUGUCAAGAUAGGGAGAAGGGAAUAGUUGGCAGAAUACGCAUGGGGCUGUAGAGCGUCUCUGCUGUUUGAUGACACUGAGUGGAGUCAGUGUUGUGAUUAUGCACAGUUUUGUUCAUUUGCAUGUUGUUAAAGGCUGUGUAGUGCUCUUCUAUUGGAGGAGCAAAGAAGAGCUUCAGAAUUUUAGGAUAGGUGUAAAAUCACCAAGAAACACCUGGACAGAUUUUUUUGUUUUAAUUUUACAAAUGUCAUUUCUAUGUUAAUUUUAAGUUGUUACGCUAAAUCCCUCAAUUGAUCUUUGACCGAUCGAUAGUUUUAAGACAGCAGGCGUCUAAACAACCUUAAAGAGGGCCAUUACACCUAAAACAUAUUUUACCUACAUUUUAAAGUUAAAAGCUUAGAUCUAUUCGUUAUGAUUAGAAAAAGCAUUAGAAUAUGUUAGGAUUAUAGUAUAUGAUAAAUAUGUGGUUAUAAUGGGAGUCAAUGGGGCAAAUUUGGUCACAAGGUUGACGAGUUUUAGUGUGAUCCAAAUCCCCCAUUCUAAACACUUCCAAUAAACAGGCUUUUCGAAUAAAAAAAAUAAAUAUGAAAAAAACUUGGUGCCAAAAUUUCAUACAGCUAGCCAUUAAACUGACCGGUUCACCAAGAGAAGAACAAAUAAAAACAACCAAAAUGUCAUUUUUGGUCCCCAAGAUGCUCCAAAGGUUAAACAGAUAACAAAACUAGUCAUCUUGGAACACACUUAUUUAUUACUUCUCAUUACCGCUUAUUGACACAUCCCUAAUCAUUUUCAAAUGUCUAAAACUUCUCAGAAAACUUUAUGAUUCAGUCCCUUCCUUUAUGACUACAUUUACACAAUGAAAGCAUAUUGACUUCUAAAGCACAACAAAACACAUAACUUUGUGCCUGAGCAGCUCAAAGUUGCAAUAUUAGCAUGGUAAUAAGUGGCAAACCGAACUGUUUUAGUAUCCAUGAAUCUGUAAUGCAGCUGCAGUAAAACACAACAGUUAUGGAUUUUGCUGGAAGCGUUGUUUCAUCAUACUGGAUCAGAAUUUAUUGUGCGUUGGUGUUUGAGGACGAGAAUCAUGAAGUUUGGAGCCAGCGCUGCUAAGUGAGACAUUAGUUUUAGUGCCCCUGACACCGAGCAAGGGAGUCGUGAUUGCAGCCAUAUUGCACAAGCUGUCUAUUGAAUUUUUGCCUAAAUGUGCUUUUCUCCAUCACAUGGAGCCGUCAGUCUUAAUGAAAUGACAGUGUCAUCUCAUUCACUGUGUUCCCUUGUUGUCCCUCUGCUCACUCCUCUCCUCCCUGAUCCUCACAUUUCCCUUUAUCUCACACUCUCAUCUCUGUUUUUCACAUCUUUGGGGACAAGUAAUGAACAGCUUCCCUGCUCUGAUUGGAUGAUGUAUGAAGUUAUUAGGUGGGAUGAAAGUGUACAUAACUCAAAGGAUACGAAAAGGAAAGGGUGGGAAAAGGAGUGCAGGAGUUGAGAUCCUGAAAUGUUUUGACAAGUAGAGCUUUGAAACAGAGAGGAUGGGGAGCGCUGCAGAUGCUUGCAUGGAACAAUGGGAGUAGGUCACAGUUUCACUGAUGCUUCCACCCUGGCACACUUCCUUUGGGAAAUUGUCCUACAGAUCCCAUCCUUAGCCACCCUCGUGCUCCCUAUGCUGCUCCCAAGAAGACUGGCAGAUUGCGCAGUGCCCCAGGUCCCUCCCCAGAGACUGUGUGUGAGGACAUGGGCGAAGUUUAGAAGAGGGGGCACUCCCAUGUGGCCCUGACUUCUCCAGAGGCUUCCUCAUCUAUGUUUCAUGGCCCCAUAAAAGCUGCAUUGGUCAGCUUAGUGGUUCUCAAACUUUUUACAGUAAUGUGGCCUCUCUGAAAUAUGGAUAAAGUACCCCACUUUUCAAUAAUAUCCACUUAAAAAUAUCAAUAAUGUACCCCCUAAGGGUGCAAGUAUAACUUGACUGGUAGAGCAGUGACCCUAUACAGUGGCAGCUUAGAUACAUGCAUCAUCUGCAUGCAAACAUCUUUUUAACUUUGCCUAAUUUCUUUAGCAAAGAGACUAAAUACAACUCACCUACUCUCUUCCAGCAGCCGUUUGUUUGUAGCGAGACCUCGGGCCAGUCCAUUACAGACUACAGCAGGGUGACGCAGCUCAAGGAAGAACAUUGAUGAUCAUUUCUUCACGGAAAUGCAAUAAGACUGAGAUGCUAAGGCAGAAGAACUACUGCGUCUGCCGUGCAAAAUGAUUAAUAUGGUGAUUAUUACUUCAAGGAAAUGAUAAAGAAAUUAUCAUACAUGUUCUUCCUUGAGCUGCGUUCCCCCACUGCAGUCCGUAAUGGACUGGCCUGAGGUCUCGCUCAGGCCAAAAAGAUGUUUGGUGGCUAGUACUAUGGCUGGGACCAUAUAUGUACUGUUGAUGAAGUUAGGUGCUGUUCUGAGCAUUAUUUGUGGCUAUAGAGUUGUGUUUUAAUUGAGGUUUGUUUAUGGCUCCUCAGACCACUGUAUAUAGCUAAUGUCUGGUCGUUACUAAAGUUGGUAUAACUAGAGAAGCAAGCGGUCAACAACAUUCAUCUCUCGAGGGGGUGUCUAACUCAGUGUUAUGCUGUGUUUGACCCUAACUUAAUUUUACGCCGGAAUAUCCUUUUAAGUUCUUCUCCUUAAAUUCACAUUGAGGACAGGAUCAUACUGGUUUUCCUAAAUAUUCAGUGAUGAAGUCUUAGCUGGUAUGGGUGAAUUUCAUUACAAAAAUAAAUGCUGAUGUGUCAAUAUGAUCUACAAAAGCAAAUUGAACCAGAAUAUUGAUGUCCUCUGUGUAGUUAGUCUUCUGCCUGUCAUCACAGCCACCACAUAAGUAUCUGACAAAGGAAUUAAGGGCACACACACACACACACAAGGAAGUCUUUUGUUAAUGGUUUUCACUCUCAAAGAUUCAUCUUGAAAGACUAAAAAAAAUGUUGUUUGUUUUUUGUUUUUCUCUCCCAAGGAACCUUUGCAGUACUUUCCCUCUCCUGUACAAUCUUGUGACAGCGAUUUUGUGAACUUUAUUGUUAGAGCAGCAUUUUUGAGCCAACCUGAUACUUGUCUCACUCCACUUCUCUUCAAUAAUAAUGUCUCUAUCUUUGACCAACAUGACUGGGAUAAUCUUAAUCAUCAGAAUAGCAAUUCAGCACACAUGGUAGACCGCAACCAAUACAUCAAAUGCAUCCUUACCAGCUCCCUGUGUGUUUAAAAAGUGAUAGUUAUGACUGGAUCAGCUGAACAACAAUCAGUGAAGUCACAUCUUUUGUUCAGUGCCUUCAAGUUAAACUGAACACCCUGAAGCAAACAACCACCUGACAAAAUUCCUACUCCUCACUGUGAAGCUACAGCACUAGUUAGUCUAGCUAUCAUCAGCAAUCACUAACAAAUUAGCUCACAAAUGCUGAUCAAACUGUUGUGGUACUGCAGUGUGUUAAAAGCCCAAGUGUUUGCUCCCGCCAGCUUGCGCCAUCACUGUUGUUCGGUGUGAGUACAUAAACCAAAGUGUGCAUGCUUUUUAGCUCAAGAUUCAGCAACUGUUACAGGACAACACCUUGGUAUACAAGUACACUUAAAUGAUGAAUUAAAAUAUAACUUUUAAUUCUACUGUACAGCUUUUAUGUUGCUACUGGCAUUUUUUCAGUAUUUUCUGGUGACCAUCACUCACCUCUGUGCAGUAAAAUACAUGUUUUUGUAUAGUUGUAAAUUAUUUUACAAAUAUCUAUGAAAUACUUAUUUUUUUAACGUUAUUAUUAAGUUAAGUGAUUUACUUUCUGUUACAGAUUUGCUCAAGAAGUACCUUAAAACUGAUAAACUUUCUAUCAUAUGAGAUGAUAAAAAGGUAUGACAUGGUGAGUUCAGCCAAAACUAACAAUCAGGAAAUUUACAGGCCAACUAUGGCUUUUACCUCACUGAGGGGCAAGGAUUACCAAGGCAGAAAGGUGCUGAGUUCAGGAAGUUACUUAGAUUCCUACCAAACAGAGAGUGGUUUGUGUAAUCAUCGGGGGCACUGGUGACGUCUGACAGAAGCUGCGAAAGUUCUCUCUUUUUCUUAGAUGAAGGCAAAGUAGGCUGCAGGGACUCCACUCAUCAAACAUUCAACCUCUCGAUUCACCCUCCAUCCUCUCUUCCCCCAGCCAGUCCCCAUGAUUAUUUAUCUUUUAUUUAGCGGAGACUGACUCUUUCACUUGACUGCAUCCUCUGGUGGCCUCAGCUUUUGCCAAAAAUACAUCUGGUGGCUAGAAGGUGGAUAGAUGUGUUAACUUAGGUUGCAUUUUCCCAGUUGUAGGUGAAUAAGUUCAAAAAUGUACCUUGGGCAAUUCCCGAGUUAACUAAAAACAAAAGUGUUAUUAAACAGUGAAAGCCUAAACUCUUGUUUUGAGCUGAAUAUUUUUGUAUUUCAUCUCCUCUUGAGACUCGGAUUCUCACUUCUAACAAAAAAACAUACAAGAUAAAUAGAUGCCCUCUUUUCUCUUGUUGUUCUGUGAAGUACUUAACAUGGAAAUGGUGUCAGAGAUCAAUCAUCAUCUGAUGUGUCAGACAUAACCCCUCCUGGAGGAGUUCCUUGACGUUUUUCCCCUGACUCUUAGUGGACCUUUCAUGUGGCUUUAGAAAAAAAUAAAAUGUGAAGUUUUAUUAUUAUAUACAGUAAAUGAAAAGCAGAAGUUAAAACGUACUGCCCUGUACAACAUUAAACUGAGAAGUGAAGGAGUCAAUCCAGUAUGCAGUAAAACUCACAACAUGGGACAAACGUCAGGGCUCCAAAUCGCUGAUGUGAAAUUAACAGCAGUUGCAUUAUGUGUUGAAUCACUUUGUAUGUUGUCAUGAACUUUGCUGCACAAUUCAAUAACGUCUGGAAUGUACUGAUGGGACAGUAGGACUCAGAGAGAGAAGUCUAAGAGACUAUCAAGAUUAUCAAAGUUUACUAAAGCCCAUCCAGGUAUCUGUACCCAUUUCCCCAUUUAUGAUUACCAUUGGUAAUCAAAACACUCAUGUGUACUUACAUCAUGUGACGGAGCGUGGUUAAGCGCCGUCAUUCCCCGAAUGGCGCGGGUCUGUCUCGCGGGGCCUGAGAGUGCCGGUGCCGGGAACGCGCAUGGAGCGCACUCGUUCCCCGCGGAGCUAAACUCCGCCAAACUGUUCAACUGUCUCCCCGCACCUGUGUCCCGCAAUCCUGCACUCCAACCAGUUGUUUCCCUUUUUGUCUUGAUUCUUUUCUCCCCGCCGUUGGCAUUAGAAGGUGCACACUCGGCCACUACACGCCACACACACAUACACCUGGUUACCUGCUGCCAUCUUAUGAGUCAAACCUGAGUACUUCCUGAUUCAUCAUUAAAUAGUGCAAGGUGGCGCGUUUUGGAGGGUCAUGUGACCGCCGGACCAUACCAGUAUAGUUAAUUUGUGAUCAUUUUUAUGAUUUACAGAAUUUUCAAGGGGUGAGGUCAUAGCGGUAUAUGGAGGGUUAUUAGUGCCUUUUUUGUUACUGAUGGAAUGUCUGAUUUAUUGAGGAGUUUGUGUUGGAAUUUGCAUAUGGUAUCUUAAAACCCUAUAAUUUCAUCAUGGAUAUGCCCAGGAGAGGGGCUAGGGGGUUUACAAAAAGGCUGCCUGGGCUUUUCUUGGACUGUGGAGUUGGUGGCAAAGAAGGUAACUGCAAGACUGGCUUUUUUUGUGUGUUAGCCUACUGCUGUGUUGCUGAAUUGCGAGUUAUGGAAGAACUCUUGCCUUGUUGGCAUUGUUUAUCUUGCCUUGUACAUUUUUGUGUAACUAGUAGGCUAUUUUGACCAUUUUUUCAUCUUUUUGUAAGUAUUUUUGCACUGCACCUCAUGAGGCGUCUAUAAUUAUAUUUCACCAUCACCGUACUUUUCGACCGUGUCUGUCUUUUCCACUGUUUCUCAACACAACACUGCACCCCCUGUGUAUGUGAAUAAGUAGCAGUAGUGUCUAUAUUUUAUAAUGGGUUGUUUCAACCCAUUAAAUGAAUUGACUGCAGAACAAUGUCUCGUGUUCAUGUAAAUAUGAAUCAGCAGCUUGUUGCCGAGGACGUUGUUAUGCACUCUCUUAGUUUGCUCGGUCAUUAAUCUUCCUUCAAAAAGUUGAUAACUGAAUUGGAGUGAAUCUUUUUAUAAGAGUGCAUAAACAUAAGAACUAAUGAAGGUCAUGUUUCCAAAUGUACCUGAACAAAUGCAUUUAUUACUGAUAUAAAAAGUUUAUGGAUGGAUACUGUAUAGAGAUUUCUUAAAUGAAAAUAAAUAAAUAAAAACUCUUAGAGGGACUUCUGCACUCUCAAUGGUGCACAUAAUUAAUUAUGUGUUUAAUGGCUUUAAUGUAUAUACUUUUGCUUAAAACAAAGAAAUAUUUCAAAUUUAUUUGAAUUGCAGGAAAAUGUGUUUGUGAAGUAAAGUGUUCGAGUAAUUUUUGUACAAAUCAAUGGGUUUAUUUCUUGGAUACAUACAAUGACUACCCUGCCCCCCCUCUACCCCAAGUAGACCCUCAUUCUGGGAAACAUUGUAGUUAUGUCAGCCACAAACCAGUUUUGCUUUGCUCAUGUUUGAAUGUUUCAUCCUAUUCUGCUUAAAAAAACAGGGAGAGUGGUCAUGUCAAGAAACAAUGCCUUUUUUCUGACCAGGCUUAAAUUCUGAUUACUAGCGGUCUACAGAACUUAGCUAAGGGUCUUGCCUACCUAUGAGCCAGCACAUAGAUCCUGUCAUAAGUAAAAAUGUGGAUUCAUCCACUGUGGAUUGUGGAUGUCUGUCCAAAUUUUAAAAGUAAUCCAUCGGUAGAAGAAAAACUGGUUAACUAUUUUUUAUGUUGUUUAAAAGCCAUGUCCUAACUUGCACACAGGAAACACCCCUGUGGUCAGUAUCUUUCAACUCCGAUGUAUUUGUCUAACCCUCUUCUUUUCCAGGUUGUGUAUUUUUUGUGUAUGUCUGCUCUCCACCUCUGGCAGAGUCUCCUGUCUGACACAAUGUUGUUUCCUGUGCUCUCUUGCAGAGCCACAGCUGAAGGGCAUUGUUACGCGCCUAUACAGCCAGCAUGGAUACUACCUGCAGAUGCAGCCUGACGGCACAAUGGACAGCACAAGGGAUGAAAGCAGCUCAUUUUGUGAGUGUGUGUUUGUGUGUGUGUGUCUGUCUAUAGUCUACAUGUAUUUGCUCGUGUCGGUGUUGUGUAAUUUUUAAUCAAAUUAUUCACAGUCUAGUCUGUGGCAGAGCUUGAGCAACGGGAUAUAAGUCAGACUGUAUUAAAUGUGUGCAACACCUGCAGACUUUACCAUCACUCUACUCAAAUAUCAAACAGCUUAUACACUGAUUGGAAGUCAAAUCUCUGACUGUGGCAGAGUUGAUCUUGUACUGUAAGCAAUGAGCUGAACAGAGCAACUACAGUUUGUGUCAACAACUAAGGAGCAAAAGCUAAACUCCAAUUUUGUCCACUUAAGGUACUCUAUUUGUACAAUUUCUGCCUUUAAAUAGUCAGAAACAUCCUGCUUAAGUGACCUUCAAGCUUUAGCAACUGAAUAUUUACUUAGAUGAGCAGAAAUCUUUUGUUACUUGGAGGCCACAUUUCUCUGUCACAAGUUUACAGUAAAUGUAAUCUUUCAACUUGUAAUGCAAUUAAGAAUUGUAAGUUGAUAAGUUGAUAAAUCACAGGAACCGAGACCACUGUGAGAUGUCCAAGCACUUCUAAGUGACAAACUGGCACCAUUAAGAUGACGUGAAUGUUCACUCUGACCUUUAACAAUCUUAAUGUGGGUUCAAGGCCAGCAGUGCCCUCUAUCUUGUAUCAUUUCUCAGUACUUGCCUGUUUGACCUUUCAGACUCAGAUAUCGGCCCUUUUUAAGAUAGCUCUAAUGUGACAGAUAUUUUCAGUCCUGUCUCUUUAUCAGUCUACUUUAGAUGAGCUCAAGUUUUUAGUUAUAGGGCCGCAAGAGUUUAAAAAACCCAGACUCUGUAUCAGUUCUCCUACACUAUUUUCGCUUAAGCUUGGGGAAACCUCUCUAUUAUUAUCUCGGUUUAUAGGCAAUGUGAAGCACAGUGAAGGUGACAUGGUGUUGUGUUUACAUCAACAUAAACUCUGGGAGGUCACACUAUUUCGGCUUAGAAAGAGAUAUAGCAUGCUGCAGUGACACUGCAGCCUUAUAGAGCGAAGACAGAAUAGCAGUCUGUGUUGCAGCUGGAUUUCACAAUCUUCUCUGACUCUCUUUUUUUCUCUCUCUUUGUCAUGUCUUAUCUCUGCUACUUUAUUCCCGCAAUUUAGCACAGUUCAACUUAAUUCCAGUGGGACUGCGGAUUGUGGCAAUCCAGGGGGCAAAGACAGGGUUAUACCUGGCCAUGAAUAGCGAUGGAUACCUAUAUACCUCGGUAAGUAUGCCCCUCAGACACAUGGAAGUUUACAUAGAAGAAACAAAUCCCUCUGGAGAAGUGCUUCUGCAUAUGUCCCUAACUGAAAAUACAUAUUCAGGUAGGGAUGUACGCUUAAUGUCUUGUUGCAAAUGCUCAUCUGCACUUUAGAGGAGCUGUCCACAUCACUGAUAUGGAAAUCAACAAAGGGAAUGCUAAUCAGGGCUUUAUCAUCUACUGUCAUAUUGAAUUUGGAGGUUGAGCCUUCUGUCAUAUGGACUUCAGCUCAGUGUCUCUUUCCUGUCAGAGUAUUACUAUGAUAUAGAUCCAAGCGCCAUUCACGGUCUGAAGUGUCAUAAACUACUGAGGGAGGACACUUUGUACUAGUAGCAUAAGGGAUACUGAAACUGUAAAUAUAUGUUCAUUUCAUGUAUGUUUAAAUGUGUAAACAGUGUAGAGUAUAGUAAAUAAUCUAUGGUACAAAACAACCAAAUGAACAAAACAACAAAAAUAGUCCUCUAACAGUUCAUCCAAGAUAUUUUUAAGAUAUGAUAGCAUUUGGGAUUUUGUAUUCACCCUGAUUUGCCUCAGCACUUCAUUAGUAUUCAGCUUACUAUAUUAGGCUGGUGCUGUGUGUACAUUGAAAUCAUUACAGGGAAAAAAAGUUUGUAUUUUUUUCUUUCUCAAUGAAUAAAAAGCCAAAAAUGGGCCAAUGAGAUGCAGAAGCACAACUCAUUGCUCCUCAGACUGUUUUGCAUAGUCACUCUAACAACAAGAAAAAGUAAUGGCUGUCAAAUGGACUGAUGUUGGCUGCUAAGGUAACACCCCUUUGAACAAACCAGAAAAGGCACCAUUUUUGCUUAAGCUUUUUGAACAGCAAAACUAUUCAAUAUGUCACGUUUUGAUGACAUGGAAACAAAAUGUCAAUUAGAUUGUGAUCUGCAUUAGAUAUGGAAUAAAAAGAAAAAUUCUGAAAGUCAAUUUGGCUACAGACAGAUGUUGUCACUACAUGGGUUGAGAUUUCCACUACAGUGGCUUUAAGGUGUUGAGUAUUUCUUACAUGUGUUUAAUUACACUGAUUUUCUUACAUGGGCGAUGAUAGACAGACUGCAAAUAGUACAGAGAGGUGCACAUCAACCCGUGAGAUAUCGGUUCAUUGAAUCAUCAAGACUUUGGGAGUGCAGAUACGGAGAAUAAUUUUAUUUGUUUUGAUUUAGUUACAUCAGCCAACACUGAACAAGCUACCAAUAAUUUUCUGACCUGGUUGAUCAUACUAUAAAGCAAAAUCAUGGCAGGAAAGUAAAAGACAGAAGGGGAACAAAGUGGAUCCAAACUUAAGUCUAAUUGAACAAGGGGGGGAAACACUUUUACUACAGAGGAGCACAGUUUUACUUAGGGUCUACACCAGACAAAAUGGACAAUUUCUGAGUGCAAUACACCCCCUUACCCAGUACCACAACAAACAUUGUCUUCUUGAGUGGCUGAUUUUAAAAUAAAGCCCUUCUCUUUGGGAAAUGCCAGCACGUUGACUGAACAGACUGUACAAAAUAAUGAUUACUACCUUGGACAGCGCUACAGAAAGUACAUCGUCUGAUCAGCACCUUGGACAGCGCUUGCACCAAUUCUGUAGUGUGAUGAUCUUGCCAAAAUGCUUGUCAUCCUCUAAAGCUAUUUCUUUUAUCAUAAUGAAAGUGUUCAAACUGAUCAGGUCAGCCAGUGAAUCUCAAAGAGGGCAAGUCUUUCAGCACCUUGGACAGCAUUCACAUCACUUCUUAAAUGAUAACCAUGUUUAAUUAAUUCACCAUAUCUAUAUGAUUAAAAAAACAACAGACAAUACAAGCCUGUGAUUUAUAUUUAGGUCUAUUGUGAUUAUAAUGCAAGUCUUGGCUGUAAAUUAUAAAGGCAAAGAUGCAAAAGCAAAACUCUUUUACAGCCCAACAAAAACUGUUUUGGGCUGAAAUAUCUGUAAUGUGAAUAGACAUGGCUAUGUGGGAUGUGAUGAUACAAAAACCUCACAAUUUUACAAUAUGGCAACAAGUCCAUCUAAAUAUUUUGAAAGAAAAAUAAAGGCAGUGUCUCAGAAAAAAAAAAGUUAUUUAUUCAGGCCCUGGUAUCUCAUGAAUCACACUUAUCUCUAGUGAGUGAGAUGCGCGUCUUGCUUGAGGCUCUACGUAACUUUAGCCUUUGUCUUAUUGGAGUGAACGAGUAAAAGUGUUUGACUUCAGUGUGGCUGUGAUGGAAAAUUACACUUAGGCUCUAGUAUGUUUACGUGCCCUCUAAACUACACAAAUUGUCCACAUGUCUUUGGCUGUAUGUACCCAGUUAUACAUUUUGUUAUCUCUUGAGCUCUUGCACCGUUGUGGGGAAGUGACGCUCUGAAGACUUCCUUUAGUCUUUCAUCAUAGCUGGAUUUUUUUCUUGCAUGUUCUUGAGUUCGUUCGGGUUGACGGUUUGUUAAGUAGCGUCUGGCAGUAUCUGCUUAAUGUUUUGGUUUGUCCGAAAGCUAAAUACUUCCACGUGCUCGUGCACCACAAUUUCAUAAUCUUCUGUGUUUUUGUCAUUGCCGCUGAUGUUGGUGUCCACCAUUUUCACCAUUUUGAUCUGACACAGCAAGCAGAGCUCAAAGGAUGACAGGCACACAUGGAACAAUGGUCUUUGUAGUUCCCACUACUCUCUGCUCUGCUCUGUUGUAGCUGACGUUAAAACUAAGUUGUACUCGUUUAUACCAUCACAUGUCCACAAAUGUAUCAAGACACUUUUGUUCUCACAAAUUUUGUUAAAUAAAAAAAGAGAAAAAAGGUUACAUUCCUUCUUUAAUGGUUUGGUUUUUAGAUCCUAUUUUGUAACUUUUUGUUUUCACAAUGUCUUGUGAAAUGUGAUGGCACAAAUGUGAUGUAUAAAAAAACAACUAUCACAGCAAUAUCUCAUUAUCUAAAAGAUUAUUGUGGCUGCUUUUUUCCUUCAGAUUAUAGAACCAUAAUAAUAAAGCUACAAGCACAAACACACAGCUAUAGUAACAUUGUUUUCACCAUUAUUGUGGUAAAGAGCUUCUAUGUGUGCACUUUUUAUUAAAACAUAGUCUUUUUUUAGAACUGCAAUCUAAGCUGGACCAUCAUGUAAAAAGAUGAAUGAUAUCCCAGCUCUCUGGAACUAUGCUGCAUGUUUUUCUCUUCGGUGGUAAGCUGUAUGUUGGUUUCAGCAUAUUAUGUGCCACAAUGAAUGCAAAAUCAGAGAGCGCAAAAGCAUUUUUAUGCAUAUGAGAUGUAAAGAAGGACGCAUCAUCUGUACAUAUGAGAGUUAAAUCCUAACUUAUGGCACAUAUGCUUUCUCCUAUUAUCCUCUGAGCUCCUGAUUAGCAUGCAGGAGACUUCUGCACCCUGCUUCUGUGAACAGAGAGGAGAAGGGAUUUCCUCAGCACCAGUCAAUAGCGCUACUGCAUCUCACGCUGACCUCUUUCAGAGAGUUUCCUCUCACACUCUCACACACACACAUACAGUUGGAGGAUGAGGUGAUAUAGGUACUGCACAACAGAGCAGCUGUUGUCUUGUUAUAUCAUGUGCAUUUGAUUUUUAUGACCCUCCUCUGUGUAUCAGAUGUGCCGGUUUGCUUGUGCAGAUGGUAUAAUAUAGUCCUACUUUGUGUAUAUAUAUCACACUUCUAGUUGUCUUUACAUGAAAAGCUUGCCAUGAGUGCGCAUGGCGAUGAAAAGAGAUGUUUCCAUUUAUGAUAAAUAAGCCCAUCGCUGUCACUCACAGAGGAGCUGGGGUGACUGACAGAGUGACAAGUCCCAUCCCUUCAGCUAUUUUUUCAUCUUGCUGCAUGCUUCAUGCUCUCCGUUUGCGAUGUUAUUUUCCUCUUAAAAUCUCACAGCUUUUCUCUCGAGCUUACCUAAUACUGAUUUAGUGGUCACUUUGUAAAGGCCAGUCCCUGUAACAAGCCAGUUAAGUUCACUGCUACCAUGUUGUAGACAUAAAUCUCAGCCUUGCUACCUGUAGGUGACAACAGAAAAUGGCUGAUCCUGUUUUAAAAAUAGAGCCUGGCUCAUUCGUGCCCCAUUUUAUAAUCUAUGUGCUCUGGAAAACUCCUCAUAGACACAGAGAGAGCGAGUAAUAGAGAGAAAGAGGCUGACAUGAGGAUGGUGUUGACAGGCAAGUUUUCACAGAAACAGAUUCUGUGCCUGUAAGGGUUUACACAUGGGUUUUGCUUCUUACUCUGAAUAUUGGGUGACCUCAUUCAGAGGUUAGUGUGCAUUUUUAAUGUCCUCACACACAACCAGUAUCAUUCUUUUACUCUGCGUCAGACAUCCAAAAUCAUUUUUGAAGUAUGUCAGAAUGAUCAGGAAAUGAUUCGUCAGAGAUGGAGUUUGAGGUGUAUUUUAAAUUGACUAAGUUUUACAUAGUACAGAUGAUUAAAUUUGAUGCAAUUUUUUGUUGUUUGUUGUGUUUCUUCCCCUACAGUUGGCUCUACAGAGAGUUUUGUCGCAAAAUUAAGUGAAAGGAAUGCAUAUUGUUUAACAUAAAACACAUGGCAGGAUAAUCUCUCUUCUGUUUCAGUUUAUAUUUUUCCCACACAGCAAAUUAUUUCAAAUAAAAGGAAAUUUUAAAUUCAAACAAGUUGAGUUGUCUGAUGGUUAAAAUAUAGAAAACAGUCAAAAUUGAGCAUGAAUUAUUCACCACAGCUUAACACUUUUCAAAGCCGUAUUGGGCUUAGCCUAUUUAAUUGCUGUUUAAAAUAGUUCAUCACACUCUUGAAUAAUGAAAUGCCGCUGUGUGGCUCUUUGGGAAGUGAAUUGUGAGCACAUUCGCAGGGAUUAAAGCAAAAAUAAAAGCGACUCAUAGGUGAACUGAAGAUUAGAAACAGGAGUAAAAGGUACACAUUUUCUCCCUUUCAGCAGUCGUGUAGAUAGAACAAUAAAAAGCAGAAUACACAGCAACGGAGGAGUACAGGGAGGCUUCUUCAAAUUUGCACUAUAAUACUUUCCACCACUCAAUUGGGAGACAGAGCACACUAAGCCGAUUAUAUGUAGCUCGUUAAAAAGUUGCAUAUCAGGAGGGUGGAAUCAUACAGUCCAGUUUUAAUGUGACAGAAUUUCCCCUGCAGUGAUCCCGGGUUGCUCAGUAGUGUACAAUGCAGUAUUAUUGGCAUUACCUUCUUCAUACUAAAUAUUAACAUGAAUGUUACUUUGUCAAUCUGCAGCACCAACAGAGGGGAAGAGAAACCUGUGUUGAUAUUAUAAAUCAUGAGUAUUUCGAGAUAUGUUGGGUUAUGGAGCUAUCUAAUUAUUUGUAGUAAUGUCAUACCCAAUGGUAUCCCAUAAGGCGUUUAUGUUCAUUGUUGUUUCAAGGUUUAUUUUCAUCAACAAAGCAAGCAGAAGCAGCAGAGUCUUCCCUCUUCCUGUCACUUAAAUUUCUUAACCUUAUCUUGAGAAACUUGUGGGGGACUCUGAUUCCAUGUGAUGCCAUGUUGGCUGUGUCAGUUCACAUGCAUAUACUACACUCCAGCCAACCAUUUUGCUCCUCCCUCUUGUACAGGAGUAAUCUUUGUGGCUGUCUCACACAGAUGUAUAAGUUUUAAAGAUGUUCAGAUGUUUGAUGUUGUAAUUUGUGUUUGAUAUUUUUACCAAUCAGACAGUUUCACCAACAACAUUUUUAUCUAUCAGUCAACUGCACAUAAAACAAGCCAAAAGCUAACACACAUAUAUAUACAGAUAAAUACAGGUAAAUACAGGUACUUUUUUGUUGUGGUGCAUGUACCUCAGUUUCUGGUGGCAGUGUAAUCUGUGUUUAAAUGAUUUUCUUUCGCUGCAGGUUUAAAACUCAACAUAAGUUUUGUUUUGGUCAACUUAAGCCUUCAAAAAAUUAAAAGCCACCAAAAUUAAGCACUAAUUUCAACACAUAAGGGAUCAUCAUUUAACCACAAGGGAUAACAAAAAAGUCAGAUAAGACUCAUAUCAGGAUGAACGCACCAGUAGUCGAGUCAGAAGGUUGGGAGAUGUGCACCUGGAUGUGCACAAGCUGUAGUGUCUUUGGGCAGGAGGCUAGACACUAAUGGCACCUUGAAUAGCAGCCCAGCCCCUAGUAGACUGUUGUGUGAAUGGGUGAAUGUAGUAUGUAAUGUCAAAGUGCUUGCAUGGUGAGACGACUAAUGAAGGUGCUACAUAAACAUCGUCCAUUUUCAAUGUACAUAAAUGCGUUCAUGACCCUCUUAUCAAGAGCACAUAUAAAUCAGAGUCCAAUCAAUACUUUCAAGACGAAAACAUGUAUUCAAACAUAUUGCCAACCACUCCUGUGCUCAAUAAAAGGGUUUCUUGAGCACCAACAGUGCUCUGGAUGAUUUUUAUAAACGUUUUGGCAUCACUUAAACUGUGAGGAUUUGGUUGCCGGCUGUCUUUGAUUGCCAAAGCUAAAAAAUCCACCAUUGAGGACGUUACUCAAAAUGAAAACUGGGACAACCUUUUUUGUAUCAAUCAAAGGUUUCAUCCCAGUUUUUCAAACAGUUUACAGCUCUCUCCUGAGACAGCACAGUUUAUAAGUGCCUUUAAUCCGUUAAAGAAAUGCAUGAAGGACAAUUGAAAAAGAAAUGCUUCAGUUGAUGAAGAAAUUUGAUUUUGUGUUUGAUAGCACGAAAGAGACAGAGCAACACAUGAGAAGGAGAAAAGGAGAAAAUGAGAGAUCUAUUGACAAAAAACGUCCUUUCUAUUCUUUCACGGGAGGGUUUGCAUUGGGAUGCAGGACACCGCCAGCCGAGAUUGCAUCGCUCUUUUAUCACAGGACAGGAUAAAAAGUGGACAUUAGAAAAAGCAGCUUAGAGAAUAAUUGGCCAGAGGAAGAGAAAAGAGAUGAAGUGCAGAAAUGUAAUGAUAAAGACGGACACUCUGCCGGGCAGCCAAUUAUGCACUUAGGGAAAGCAAAACCUUAUUCUUUCUGAUGGACUCAUGAUACACCUUGUACCUGCGCUCUCCUUCCAAAAAUGUCUCAGGGAUAUGUUUGAAGUAAGUCUCAUGAUGAUGAUGAUGAUGAUGACGAGGAUUCACACUGAAUCACCACUUUCUGUGUCCUUUCUUACCUUGAAAAUUUAAAAGCACAGUGAUUUAAGCGGUCACCUCUGUCACUGGAGGUCAAAGAGGGAAAGUCAACGGCUACAUUAUAAUGAUAGGGGUCUUCCAGCUGUCAGUCGACAUCAACACUACAGAGACAUGCGUCCAUGCACGUUAUAAUCCCCUCUGCUGUUGUCAUGCCAGCGUCAUGCCUCCCUGGGGCUAUCAUAAAGCUUUAGAGACAGACCAUACAUGUGAGCUGCUAGACAGAAUUAACUGCCAAUCUCAUCCUCUGGAAAGCCCUCUUAAUAAGCAUGUCUAUGCCCUUAUUGACUUAUGUAACAUGAUGUGUCAUAGAGCAUCCACAUCUGGCCCUGCAGCAGCAUCAGCAACAUGAUCUGCUGGUGGUUUGCACAUACAUACACACGUGCACGCACAGAUUAAGAGUGAGUGCGGAUGUAACGAGUCCUUGUUGUGAAUGAGCUUCAGAUUUAAUGUUGUCGUGUGCGUGGGUUGCUGCAGUGUUAAUGCAGAACGGUGGAAAAUGUGGUGGGAUUGCAGCAGCUGGGCAGAUUUCCCAGCUUCCCAUAGGUUACACUGGGAGCUGACGGGACAGUCAAUAGAUGCAGGGAAGCCUCUAUGACACUGUGACCCCUGCUGUCUAAACAGGGGACUGCAAAUAAUUGCAUGUCAAAGAUGUUUCGAAUUCGAGAAGCAGGAGCCACAUGUUCAGGGGCAUUAGUUCUCAUUUCAUGCUUGUGCAUGCAUGAUGAAAUGAAAGUAAACAAGAUAUUUAAUAUUAUUCAUGAAGUCAAUGUUAUUUUUAGUCAAAACUGUCAUCCCUGUUUUUAUAUUCUAAUUAUAUGCAGGGGGGAAAGGCACUGCAGUUUAGAGAACUCUGCCCUGCGAGUGUGUAUUAUUAGUACUUCAAUGUCCUUAUUUGGUGGUAAGUGUAAUCCCAGUGUAUGGUGGCAUAGAGAGUUAAGCCUCCUGAAGCAGGUGGAAUCGAUGUAAUCAGACACGAGGGAUGUGAAGGGAGGGAGGUGGUGUGUGUGGGCGGAGGGGAAAGGGGGGGUUGUUGGGUCGGAGCACUGCUCUGCAUCAUAAAAAGGUUCCUGCCAUCUUGGGGAUUCUCAGCACGGAUGCUACAUAUUACCUUUCGCGUCUGCUUUCAUUGAAAUUCAUUUUUGGCUUGAGACACAUGGAGGGGAAGCUACCCAAGUCCUCCCAAUAAGUCACGGUUGAGGAAAGAGGUUUUAUUUAAUUUCGGGUCCAAGCAGCCACCAUUUAGAUGGAAAUUUUCCGCCAUCACUCUUAAAAAUGAGCUACCCUCGAUGAAUUCUCAACCAUUAUUCAUCUUUUGCAGGUAAAUCUGGUGGUUUGAGUGGUAUCCUCAGUCAAUAACUCAGUGCAGUCUCUUCACUUCCUGGGGCAAAGAGGUUACCUCCAGGUUAGGGACGGAGAUAAAUUUAGCAACAUACUCCUAUCAUUUAGGACAAGCUUUAUCAACUCAGAAUUUGGUAGUACCUUGAGUUUUGCACUUGGGACGCAAUUAAUGACUACUUUGAUGGGAAAGCCGUAAUGUAUUACUCCAGGUGUUUAUUUUGACUAUGAGUACAGUUCUACUUUGUCAGUGUGAAUGACCAAAUUCAGUAAAAGACAAAACAACAUGUAAGUGCUGUGAAAGGGUCAUCCUCGGUAUGACAGUGCAGCUACUGCAUCUGCUUAAUGUCAUGAUUUCAGUUAAAAAUGGCAAAGUCCCCAAUGAGUUUCAUCAUCAGAAAAUGGUGUCCUAAUCUUGUAAAACAGCUAAACACCUCAACAAGAAGCAUCAUCAGGCUUUUGUAUCCUAGGGACUCUUGGCACUAGAUCGCAUCACACCCUUAUCUGUUACUACAAGUAAAUUAAUUGUGCAAUUACUUACAGGCUUUUAUUGAGCGAUAAGACACCUUUAGAUGUGUCUCUUAAAUAUACCACCAAUCCAAGCCAUGUUUUCUAAUGGCUUUAAACAUGACUAGUAUUAAUGCAGAAUGGAUGAUUUUGUUUUAUUAUGUAGUGUGGUAACUAACCUGAACUUGACAUCAAAGUAAUAUCUCAGCUCAGUCACAAUCAUAGACUGUAAUAACUAUGGACAACAUGGCUCUGUCUUCCGCCAGUAUACGAAUCUGAAGCCAAAAAGUUCUCUAUAUUUCUGGGUUUUUUCUCCACUUCCUGAAACCAACAUUGCACAGUAACAUUGUACACAUUCGGUGGGGGAGUUGCCGAGAGUCGCUUUGAUGACGCUCGGCUCAAACAGCAUAUCCCCAGGCCAGCUACGCAAUCUUCGUACGUCCAUUAGCUGUAUCAGGUGUCAAUCAUAGAAAACAUGAACCCCCUAAUGACAUUUAAAAAUGGAGCUGCACAGAAAAAAGAGGACUUGAUCACAAACCAGUCAUACAGUAACUACAUGUCAACAUCACAAGCAGAGGGGAGAAAAAUUUAUAUUCUGUGUAAUAAAUUUCCAAAGUUUGUCCACAGCGCCAUAGGGAUUGCUGGAGGAGGCGGGAUUUAUGACCUAUACUGCAGCCCAUCAACAGAGGGUGCUGUUUUUGGAGUUGCUUCACCCAGCUAGGAGGCAGACGCUGUCCAUUCUUUAUACAGUCUAUAGUCACAAUCAAUGGCAUCAAAGAUUCACAGGUUGUAAUUUUAGGCCGCUUCAUUUAGUGCUAAUGUAAAUGUUCUUCCUUAAGCUGUGUCACCCUGCAGCAGUCCGUAAUGGACUGGCCCUAGGUCUUGCUACAAACAAGCAGCUGCCGGAGGAGUGUAGGUGAGUUGUGUUUGGGCUCUAUGCUAAAGAAACCAGGCAAAGCUAAAAAGAUGUUUGAUGGCUAGUACUAUGGCUGGGACCCUAUAUGUACUGUUGAUGAAGUUAGGUGCUGUCAUGAGCAUCAUUUGUGGCUAUAGAGUGGCUUUUUGGUUGAGGUUUGUUUAUGGCUCCUCAGACCGCUGUGUAUUGCUAUCCUGGGGUCGUUACUAAAGUUGGUGUAACUUGAGAAGCAAGCAGUCUGCAACAUUCAUCUCUCGAGGGGGUGUCUAACUCGUUGUUAUGGUGUGUUUGACCAUAAAAUAAUUCUAUGCUGGAAUAUCCCUUUGAUGGAGGAGACUUAAUUUGUCUGUGCUUAUUUUGUAAAAAAAUUGGCUUCUUUGUUGCAAAAUUUUGAGUAAUAAAGUGGCCAUCAUAAGAAAAUAUUAUUAUUAUUUUUUUAUUUUUUUAUUUUUUUAUUUAUUUAUUUUGGGGAGGGGGGGGGGUCCGUCUGAAUAAGAUUUUAAGGGCAUUUACUUCAUCCUCAUGCCGGCUCUCUGUGUAAUUUCUGUCCCUCAGACCUUUGGAGAGUUCUUGAAUGAAACGCAGAAGAUGUGGCUUCUAUCAUUAGGCUUCUUUCAGGGGAAUGAUUAUGAAGGGUAAUUAUAGGAUGACUAGGGAGAGGGGUUAUCACUGGUGUCAUUGCAGAGGUUGAGCUGAAGGGUACUUUGUUGGACUGAUGGCUUCUCUUUCCCGAGGGACAUGAGAGUCUGAUAGCGGGGUGCUUGCGACUUAAGCUCUCGUCAGGCCUGCAUUCACGCUUCAGUCCUCAGGGGAGAUGCAAAGACGCUGUCUCUUCUUAAUCUCCCUUAUUACCCAGCAACCUCUCUGUCCUCUCCCAGUGAUCUUGGGCUCCCUUUCCUGUUUCUCUUACCUGUCCCCCGCACUUCCCAGCCCUCUUGCUCUCCAGCCUGAUUAAUAAUGAAUGAAGCAGAUCAUCUAUCGAUCCUAUCCUUUUUGUGUUAGCACAGCAGAAGACAUCAAACCUGUCAGAGGGUCUCAAAAUAGCCCUGUGAUACGGUGGGGAUAGUGGGAGAAUUUGUUGGGUUAAGGGUGGGGGCUUGUUGUGUUUAUGGUCAGCAGUUAAAAGAGCAUAAACUGUGGCAGAGCAGUGGAGGAGGAGUGGAUGGAGAAAGGGCACAGAGUCCUGAAUUGCCUUCUCAGCUUCUCGGCUGAAGGAGAAAGGUGAUGAUCUGUGAUAAGUGUGAAACUGGAGGUCUCUUAUACCUUCUCAAUCUACUUUUGGCUCCAUAUUAAAGCUCGUCUUUGCCAAGUUGUGAUCCUUCAGCCCUCUUCUGUCGUCCAGAGUCUCAGAGAAAUUCUCCACUCAGCCAUUUCUGCCCUGCUGCUCUCACUUAAUCAAUCCGGCAGAUUGGCUGUGCUCUCUGACAGGGGAAGGACCCUGUCAAGACCCUGACGGAGACUAAAAGAGAUGUAUAUCUGUCACUUUUGGUUAAUAUCAGCGGUCAACAUUAUGCAGGGUUCAGUAGUCCUUAUGUUGAGGACACAGACGGAAGAGAAGUGCAGCUGGAACAUGAUCAUUUACAGCCUGGGUAUACGACUGGAUAAGGUCCAAGUUUAGCUAAUUUGAUUCUGAAAUGUCCAUUUAGAUUAAACCAGUCACAGACAAGUGACAGGAUAUGAGAGCAACUUAUUUUAAAGGGCUAACUCUCUUCUGGGGGACUGAAGGGGGAUGAAUGUUACUUUUCAUUUUACAUGAACAAUAGAACUUCAAACAACUAAAAAAGAAAAGAAAAACUUAAAAUUAAGUGGCGCCCAAUCUUUUCAGCCUGUGACAGCACCCUCCUUUAACAGCCCUUACUCACAUAUCUUUGAUGAUUUUGAGUUAUGAGGAGUUCCACAUUACAGUCUAAUUCCCUUUUAAAUAAGCUGACUGAUGAAAAGUCUGUGUUCUACCAAAACACAUAUUGUUAGAAAAUGUUAGAAGUUGAGACAAUAUGCUUAUUUACCUCUAGAUUAUCAACCUCGUUGAGCAAAUCUAUAAAUUUGAUAGUAAUUCAAGUACAUUUGUAACACAAAUAUUUGAUGUUUAUAAUUCUUAACAGGGACAUGUGCACACACACACACACACACACACACACACACAAAAGGCUUUUUUAAAUAACUAAAUAAAUAUAUAUAUCUGGAAUGACUACUUACCUAACUUUUUAUUUACCCUCACCCUAACCCUAAACCUAUGGCCAAACACACCGUAACACAGUCGCUUGUUUGAGACGGAGCCUUAAAGAGUCCAUCACCGAGUGCAACGGAUCAUUUCCAUGAAGUAAUAAUCAUUCUAACAAUCAUUUUGCACUGCAGACGCGGUAGUCCUUCUGCCUUAGCGUCUCGGCCUAAUUGCAUUUCCAUGAAGUAAUAAUAAUAAAUGUUCUUCCUUGAGCUGCGUAACUCUGCUGCACAUGGUUAUCGACCCGUAAGGGCCACGUCCCAAACAAGUGGCUGCUGUAAGAGAGUGGGUGAGUUGUGUUUAGUCUCUUUGCUUAAGAAAUCAGGCAAAGCUAAAAGAUGUUCGAUGGCUAGUACCAUGGCUGGGACCCUAUAUGUACUGUUGAUGAAGUGAGGUGCUGUUCUGAGCAUUAUUUGUGGUGAUAGAGUGGCUUUUUGUUUGAGGUUUACACGUGGAGACAUAGACCGCUGUGUAUUGCUGUUGUACGAUCGUUGCUGAAGUUGGUGUAACUAGAGAAGCAAGCAGUCAGCAACAUUCAUCCCUCGCGGGGGUGUCUAACUCAGUGUUACGGUGUGCUUGACAAUAACUUAAAUAUACGUCAGAAUGUCCCUUUAACUGGCUGGAAAACAACCUUAAAUUUCCUACUUAUACCUCUAUAUGUACAAAAGCAAUACAGAACACCAGUUAAAAGACUGAUGGUAUCUUUGUUGUUACAAUGUUAUAAUGUCAUUUAGCAGACCCCUUUAUCCAAAGUGACGUUAAUUCAAGAAACGUAUAUUGUUAUUCCAAAUGUCCAACCAAGAGCAUAACAGCAUGCAAACAGUAGGAGCCUUUGAUCGUAUUUCACAAAUAGCAGUACAGCAGACAGUUAAAAAAAAAAGCCGGACAAGGUUUUUAGAAAAUACUAUAAACAUGUAUGCAAACAGUAUCUGCAAAAAGACAGGGGCAGCCAAAAUCAACACGAAGACGCAGCUCAAAGGUGCCGUCUAAUUCUUCAUCAAAUACAGAGUAAUAGAAAAAUGCCCUCUUGAGAUCCACUGAACUUAUGGCACAUGCAGCCAUAAUACACGGUAGUUUAAUGUAAUUGCAUAAUUCACAAAUCAUAAUUACAGAUCCUAGUUUUGGGGAUUUUGUUGAUAAAUGCCGGACUAAAUAUUUAUUUCUGCCCAAAAACAUCAAUUACAGACUGACAAGUCAGAUAUGUGAUCUUGGGAAACUUUUGAAGCAGUCACUGCUGCAUGUCAGGGUUAGUUAUUAAUAUGCAGUGAACUUCAUGUGUACUUAUAUCUAUGUAUUAUGAAUGUAAAGUAUACAUAGAUUAAAUCUGUUAUUGUAUCCACGUAGGUGUCAGUGUUUCGUUGCUUUUAUCUUCUUUGCUCUCUUCCUUUGGGAAUUCGUUAUGUGUGGCAUGCUGUAGAUGUUAAUGAUAUUUCUCCAUGUAGAGAAUGCUUCCUUGUCUCAGUGGUCCCAAAGGGAUAUGAUGUUCAUGCUUUCAAAGACCAGAUGUAAUUCUAUCUAUCCUUCCCUCAGGAAAAGUCACCUAAUUAAUGUAUCUCAAUGUUGUGUCCAUGCAUUUUCCCCCCAGUUUUCAGAUUACACAAUUAUACAGAUUACUCUCUCCCAUUUUCCAUGCUUCUUUUUAGGAGAACUUCACUCCAGAGUGUAAGUUCAAGGAGAGUGUAUUUGAGAACUACUACGUUACAUACUCCUCCAUGCUCUAUCGUCAGACCCAGUCUGGCCGCUCCUGGUAUAUUGGUAUCAACCGUGAUGGCCAAAUUAUGAAGGGCAACCGGGUCAAGAAGACCAAAGGAGCAGCACACUUCCUGCCUAAAGUUAUAGAAGGUUUGUGUCGUUAAUUUCAGCAACUGAAAAUCCAAAUGCAAAAUUGUAUUCUGACUAUAUAGUCAAGGGUCUUAUCAUUGCAUUAAUGUAUACUGCAUCAAAUGUAUUAAAAAGUACUACCAAAUCAGGAUUCCAAAUUUCAUCAUUCAUGUUUCUAAACAAAAUUUGAAUCAGAUUUGGGGUUUCUGAUGGUUUUGUAAAUAAAUCUAUAUAUUUGAUAUGAACACUCUUGAAUUGGUUGCAAAAAGAGCAGUCACACUGCACUGCCUUUUAAAACUCAACAGAAAAGUACUGAGCCAACUGGAGUGGAGAUUACAGAUCUGUUGUCACUGUUUACUUUUGGUUGCAGGUAUGAAAUACAACUCAUUAUAUCUUGAUAUCUUUUGAUUGUUGUUGUUUAUUGUUCCAGAGGUUGUUUGGUUCCUGAACAUCAUUAAGCCAGCCUUUAAUUAGCGUUGCAUCAAAAGUAGGGAUAUACACAUUUGAUCUACACAAUAUUGGCAAAGGCAGAUAACUUAAAAGGUGUAUUAUUGGUAUCAACAAAUAUAACAUUCCUGUCAAUAUGUGCCUAUGGUAUCACACAUAAUUAAUCUUGUGUGAUAUGAUAGCAUAUCACUCACAGAAUAAUGAUUUCAAAUGGUCACAAUUUUGGAUAUACAGGAUAUUUUAGUGCUGUUUGAGAUGCAGGAUGUCAAUCAGUGGUGAAUGGCCACACCCAGACAGUCUUAUGGGGCGUUCACACGAAGCGCAAGUAAAACCAUCUACCCGCUUAAUUUGCGCGAAUCUAGACACGUGAAUGUAUAGUAUUUACGCGCUUUAUUCGCGUGUCAACAGUAAUUUCAAUGGUAAUCUGACCUCCUCACUCACUUGCCUCAAGGUGAGCUCUUUUUUUAUUCUGGUUUCGGUAAUUGAAAGAAAGGGUAUAUAAUCCGGGGCACCCACACACAGACAUGAUCAGUUUGUCCUCCAUUUUAGAUACCAGUGAACAACCGUCUGUUUUCAUACAUCACCCGGCAACCUUCGUGCUGAUUAGUUAUUGAGACGCGAAUAUCCGCUCAAAUUGAGAUCUGCCCAAUUCGCACCGCCAGAGUAGUAGGAGCGUCUAAUAGCAUCUUUGCAUUAACUUAACAUGUAAUUCAAUGAUUUUACUUGUGCUUGGUGUGUGGAGACAGUUAAACAGGUAUCUAAACCAAUAUAACAAGCUUUGAAUAUGUUGUCUCAGAGACUGAAGGUUAAUUUUAUCUCUUGUUGUUGUGAUACUUCAUGAGACUCAGGAUGCUUGUAGUAUCUUGUAACAAUUACUGACCAACUGCUUCUGUCAUUUUCACACAGUUGCAAUGUACAAGGAGCCAUCGCUACACGAGCUCACCAGUGAGCCAGUGAGUCCUCCUCGAAAAACAGUGAAGACGUCCGAUUCUCCAACCCUGAAGAAUGGACGGAAAGAAGCUCCCAAAGCUGAAGCCUCAUAGCACAGGAGACUGAGGGUGGGACACAGGGCCGCAGGGACACUGGGAACACAGUCGCCCAAAAUGCCUUGAGGGUGGUUGAGAAAAUGGCCCUCAUUGGCCGCCAUAUUUAAGCGGUGCACUACAAGAUGCUGAGGCAUGAAGGGUCAGCAGUCCAUCAGCAGCCAAUAAGGCCUCAGAAGAGAGUCCCCCCCUCAUCUGUCACGACAGAAAGAAAGACCAGGGUCCAGGCCGGAACCACUACAGACUCCCCCUUCAACUGUUUGUCUCUCUCUCUCUCUCUCUCUCCCCUGUGACUUUCUAAAACACAGUCUCCUUCAUUUCUCUGUCAUGCUUAAAGCUUCUUUGUUCCACUGACAAUAUGCGUACCCACUGUCUGAUCUAUUCUACUGUAUAUUCACCACUCACUCAUUCCCAGCGCUGACUCGGCAUCGUAAUCCCCACCCCCCCGGGCUCCUUCUUUUGAGACCUAAAGUUGGUGACAGUGUGGCUCAGCCAGCUUUCCACCUACCAUCUGCCGAGCGGCUAAGCUAAUCGCCAAGGUCAACCAAAGCUCAAAGUGAGAUGAAACAGCUCAGAGAGGAAAGAUAGCCGCUGGGAUCCUGGGUCAGGCCAGGUCAGCCGAGCAUGGAGAGCAUAAGAGAAAGUGUGUGGAUAAAUAUAAUCUAAAAGGAAUAUCCGACUGAAAAAUAAUAGCAAUUAUUUUGGUUUUCUUCUAUUUUGCUCUGUUUUCUUUUUGGUGUGAAUAUAGCAUGGAUUUUGAUGACAAGAAUUGCAAUGCACCAUAUGACAAUUCUAUAGAAGACAACUAAGAUGACAUUGGUACCCAAAAGACAAGAUCAAAUAAUAACAAAGUGGUGAUGAUAAUGUCAAAAAGAUGGGGACUGUCAUUGUAGGGUAGUGAUGAUAAAAAGAGCAGGAUUCCUAAAUUGCUUCAAAAAGUUGAUCAAGCUUAUAAUAGAGAUCCUGCUUCAAUAGUGACAUAUAAAACAAAAGGGAAUGAAAAAAAGAAAAGAAAAAGAAAACAAAUAUUCUUCCUGGAAAGAUGAGCCAUACAACAGCCAUAUAGCAGCAUAUUAGAAGCUAGAGUCUGACUCCAGACUCUUGUGAAAGCAAUAUUAGUAUCUACAAGCCAGAAGAAAAUAAGUGAAUGAAUGAGAGAGACUUCCACCCUCUCUACAGCCUCUCUCUUCUCUAUCAGGCAACAACUUAUUAUAUUGCACUAGCUCAUUGGAGGCUACAAAUGAACAACUGUGUAGUGUUUUAAAUCCUCGGGUGUAUCUGAACUCAGUCACCUGGAAAAGGAGCCGUAGUGUGUACUUCACUCAGCAUCUGCUGUCAGCACAAAGCCAGGUUUGAAGGCAAACAUCAAAGCUAGAGGAGCCUCUGAGCUGCAGCACUUGUUAUUCUGAGGAUGUCUGGCAGCUUAUCCACUCGCUAGCUUUAUCACAUCACCUUGGAAGAAUCGCCCCCAAAAAAUUGAGUCGUCUGAGUGAAUGUCGUGGUGUGAUUGUGUUUUAACCCCUGUGUGUGUGGGUGUCAUGUACAGAUGUAAGGUUACAUUGUUUGUGUGUGUGUGUGUGUGUGUGUGUGUGUGUGUGUGUGUGUGUGUGUGUGUGUGUGUGUGUGUGUGUGUACCCCUGUAGAGGUGGAUGGAUACAGAUACUGUGGGUAACCUCUAACACGUCCUUUAGACAGGACACAAUGGUGCGUCUUUGAUAUGUCUGUGCCUGUGAAAAGGAGAUACUUGGGGAAAGUCCACAAUUUAAACCUGUUGUACUGGUUUAGGAGAGUCUGAAUAAGGGCUUUGUAUAGGCAAGAAUUUUCUGAUACGAUACAUAUCACAAUAGAUAGAAUAUGUUUCAAAAUAUUGUUGUAUUGUAAGCAAGAUGAACGACUGUAUCCUAUAUGGCUCUGCCUGUUUUACUAGCCAUCCUUUCUGCUGUCCAAUGUGCUAACGUUUGCUAUAUAAGUUUGUUAUUAAUCCCCUUUCUUUAGUGUUACGCUAGAGUAGAACAGUGUAGUAGCUAAAGAUGGUUUACAACACUGCCACCUAGUGGUUGAGAGUUGAAAAGAAUUAGAAAAGUAACUGCUGCUGUGACUCUUUGGUUUAAAACAGAUACAUUUUUUCCUAUAUGAUUCAAAGUAUGAAAUUUAGACAUUUUUACACCCCAUUUUCGGAUAAAUUUCAAAACAGCAUAUAGAUAUAAAAGGUACAAGGAGUCAGGACCAACCAGUAGUAUUUCAUUUACUCAGUGUUUAGAUGAAACCUUUUAUUGUUUUGACUUGCACUGGGUUUCUAAAUCAGGGAAAUGUUACAUAAAUAUAUGCAACGGCCUGAUGGGAAGUUGAGUCUUCUACAUGAGAGCUGCAGGGAUUUUGGUUGUUGUCAUGUCAAUGCUUGCUGCUACUGGACGCUGUCUGCUUUUGUGACCUACUGUGGGGGGAAAAAAUGUCACCACUAUGUUCAGUCAAACUGGAUGUGCAUGGAUAUGACCAACAAAACACGUCAUAAGCCAUGUCAGGAUGAGAAAUGCUUGGAGAUAUGGAAGGCAAAUAGUACGAAUGCUCAUAAUAUGGCAGCUUCAAGUCAUGAAAUAUUUCUAGGAGAUUCAAAUGGCUGGUAUGGUGUCUAAUUUUAAUGGUGAAAUAAUGCGCAGAGGGUGACAGAAUGUGAAACAGAGGCUUUAAGAAUGUGCUCUAUUGACGGUAAAAGUAAGUCUGAAAUAGGGUAUUGAAUUGUAAAGAGGUCAGCACAUGGAGGCAGUUGUUUGGAGAGAGUGAAGGAUUAGCAGGUGUAUUCUUGAGGAAUGUUGAUAAGGAAUUUCUGCAGGAAAGUAAGCAAAAUUCUUGGCAGGGUUUUAUGUGGUGUGUGGAUAUGAUAAUUGACGUGAAACAAAGAGGCAUGUAAGGCACUGUGCACGAUUUAUGACAGGGGGUCUAUGGAGGAAAUUAGUUGGGAGGGCUUUGCAUUCUUCCACCAAGUCUUUAAUUUUCUGCACUUUUCCAGAGGGAGUAUCACUCAGUUCACAUUUGGAUAUUUUGUCCUUGUAGCACACUUUGCAUUGCAGACCUACAAAUGCUCCCUGUCCCAGGUGAAUUUUGGCACAGCCUAAGUAUGAUGUCUCACUGAGCAAUACCAACUACUGUAUGAUAUCAAAGUGUGCACAGCAGGUAGUGUACAAUCCUGGGCUUAUUUUAGCUGUCAGGAAGAAUUCAAACAGGUUUUUUUAGUAUUUGUAGAUCCCAUCUGGGGUUUUCCUGUGGCAGCUCACAGAACAAAGUUUAUCCUGAGUCUAUUGUCUAAAAGUAAAGCACUGAGGAGGUGCAAAGCAGUACUCACUAAAAUGAAACAAAUGAAUCUUUUUCUCUUGGGUCACAGAUGCUAUUGACCUUUAUUGUUGGUGAUUUUUUUUUUUUUUGUGAUACCCCACCUUUCUACAAUAAUUGACUGAAUUGGGGUAAAUGCUUGUUUCAUUCAAGUGUCUUGUCACAAAGCAGAAGAUUCAAUAUUGGGAGUAUUUUCACUUAAACUCUGAAUAUCAAUAGGGAGUGGUUUUUGAUGUUUUUUUUAACAAUUCAUAAAAUGAUUAGGAAAGACAUUUUGCUCUACAUUGAAAGAGCAUAGAAAGUAGGUAUGACUUUAAAAAGUCUGCCAUGACUCAGAUGUCACCAAAUCACUUUAUCCGCUUAACAUCAUAAAGAUCCAAAUCCCUCAUAGACACUCUUCUAAAAAAGUGACCGGUCCUUUCUUACUAUGAUUAUUCUGAAAAUGCUACUGCAAGUUGUCGGACUGUUAUACUGCAUGUACCAGGAGAUGGAGAAAAGAAUGUAAAUAAGACAGAUGCUGAACCAGAAGUGGAGAAAGAAGAGGAAUGUAGGUUAGGAUGACGUUAAGAGAACAGCAAGUUGAUGAAUGUUAAGUGUCGUAGAUGUAGAUGUUCAGGGUCAAGUAAGUGCAAUGUCGGAAUGGGAAGUAAAGGACUUAGAUCAGGAUUCUGCUACUGAAUGUAAAAGUUAUGGGUGGAAAAAGGUUGUGAGACUUAAUGAGAAAAGCUAAACAUAAACUAAGUCAGAAAACGAAGUCAGAAAGUGUUGUGUUUUGUUGAAAAUAAAAACACCAAUGCAGUUUGUGUGCCCACGCAUGAGAGAUUUUAAAUCAUAAUCCCUUUCCUACAGCAUCACUUUAACCACAGCCCACAGUAUAUACAGCCCAUUAACUUUCUUUUCCACGCUGAGUUUCCUGUGUAGGUGUAUACGGUGUGUUUAUAAAGGUCUGUGUGUGUGUGUGUGCAUCUAUGAUUAAGAGUAAGGUAAGACAAGACACAGAGGAGAGGGGAAAAAGUAAAGGGCAUGAGAUUGAAACAAUGAUCGAUAGGCUCAAUAAACCACAAACGAGAGAACAGCCACCCUGUGAUGGGUGCAAAAAUUUCCCCAAGGUCUGCCAGAGACAGCCAAAUCCAUUAGCUCAUAAUGAACUCAGAGGGCUGCUCUUUGAUUCCUACCUGUGAACUCAACAAACAACCCAGAACAGAAGUAAGACUUUUUCCUCAGGCCCAACGGUGUGAGCAUCAGCAGCCGCACAAACCUCUGCAAAAUACCUGCUGAAAAAAACUAAGUACAGGGGAAUAACAUCCAGAGAACUGGCCCAUGAGUUAGCUGGACAACUGGGACUAUGUUGCACCUUACAAGCACCAGCUAUUCUUCCAAACGUCAGAGGUUCACUCACUGUCUAAGCUUGUUUUUAAGAGAUCACAACAAACAGGGAAUCCCUCUACAUAAGAGUGUAUGGGAGUAAGAGGCAAUAAUUAAAAUAAAUACAACACAGCUACGUCAUCAUCACCUUGGGUGUUAAAGCAGUGCAAUACAGAUUUAAAGAUUUUAUUAACUUGGCUGUUGAAACAGUCGAGUAGAGAUUUUUAAAGUUGUAUCACCCUUUACAGCUGUAACAAACAUCAAGGGAGCCUUUUAAGAACAAAUAUUCACAGUCAUGGUGAAUCGAAACAAACACAGUGUUUCUAAUACAACAACAUCACUGUGUUCAAAAAACUGGAUGGCAAUAACACAAGACCAUUCUCAGCUGUGCUUCUUUUGAUUAUGAUUUUUUUUUGUACCAUUGUUUUUUUAUUGUUGUAUUUUAUUUCUUUUUUUUUUUCUUUUGUCCUUUUGUUAAUACCUCAAAAAAAUGUCCCUACUUGAUGGAAGACAUGUGAUUAAAGAGAAUCUAGGCAUUAUCUUCAUUGUAAUGUUGGUGAAACUGUUAGUAUACAUGGCUCCAAAUACCGAAAUUUCUUCACUGUGUUUAAAAUAAUUUGCAUACCAUACCAUGAAAUCUGUCAAUCACCAUUAAAAUCUAUGUACAAAUGGCUCCCUCUAAUGGAAAAACUUGGUCCUCAGACACCAUUAAUUAGAAGCUUAAAAGAAAUGAUGCUGUAGCUUUCACAGCAUCCCUCCAAUCACACUAAAAGCUGCGGAGAUUUAAUACUAAUAUCUUCACAUCAAACUUUAAUGCACUGCUGUAUUGUUGGAUAUCGCAAAAUCUGACCCUUUAUUGUUUAAAUAUUUCUAAUAGCAUACAAUCACAUACGCACAAUAGCUUCAUUAUUGGUUAUGAAACAUGCCCAUGUGUAGCAGCUCUUUAGACAAAUUGUGAGCUCAUGUUGAUUUAGUACAAAAUUACAAACAAAGCAGUCACAGUGAGUUUCUCACGGUACCCCACAGUGUUCUUUGCUUGAGAAAUGCAGUAUAACCAGUGUUAAAUCAGAUUAACAUUGCAGUUUUUAGCAUUGAGCAAAGUAGUUCUUGAUUCCUGAACUACACAGAAGUUUUUUGGUGCUGUUUAUGGCCCCUGAAUCAUUAAAAAAAGACACAAAUCAGUCUCUGAUGACAGUACAAAAUAGAUGUGUGCCACUCUCACUGUUUCUAUGUAUGAAAUAUUGAAAGCAUGAUUCUUCAAAUGGUUGAGCCUUGGAAGCAAGACUGAGUUUAAGUGCAGCUAUUUCAAUAAUCACUCUUGUUAAAGGGUACGACCCAGACACCAUUUAUGCUGUUGUUGUUUUUUUCCAAGUAUUUUUGCUGCUGUAGCAUCAGGACUGUCAUGUUAAAGUAGGCAGCCUCUCUAAGGAAUGAAGAAAUGUGAAGGAUGUAAUGUGUCAACUUUGUUCUCUGUAAAAUGUAGCAGCAUGCUUCUAGACAACAAAACCUGUCUGGAUGGCCUAAAUGUGAGGAAUGCUGCCAGUUUACAUGUAUGUUUUUGUCAAUAAUACAAAUAGUGUGUAUCUAAUGUACUAUGUCAGGCCUAUUUUUUUCCAGAAAUAUAUUUAAACAGUCAGUGUUGAUAUUUUCUCUUGGUCUUUUGUUGUUCUACUUUGUCAUGUUUUAUUUCUAAUGCAAAACCCUCAGAGGAAGGAAGAAUCGUUGUUGAUCCCCAAAUAUUUCCUCCUAUUUGCUGUAUUUUUGUCUUUGGUCUGCACUGUUGUAUCCACACUGAUGUGUCCCCGAAGUGAACUUCAACCAAACUGAAUCCCACUGUGCGCCUGAGUUGUGUGUUUGUGAAAGAUGCAAUGUAUUCAUGGGAAACCAGCAGGAAAACAACUCCUAAAGCCAACAUGUGUCCUGCCAAACAUAGCAAAGUGACCUUGUUGGUGUGGGAGUUACGGUCACGCGAGUCUUCCAGAAAGUCCCUACAACUUGUCUCUCCUACUCUUGUGAACUUCCAAUCUUUUUUGUCUUCCGAAAAGACUAACAAUAAUAAAAAAAAAAAGGUAAAAGAAAAAAGCCAUAAGUAAAAAUGAGCCUUGGCACUGAUCAGCCUCAAAGAGCCUGAAUCCUCAGACAUUUUCUGAGUGUUACCUGGAAUGUUGAAAAACGUUGGACUCCUUACAAGAGCCACAGCAUGUGGCAGGAAUGGACUGGCUUUUUUGAUCACUUUGAGGAGCAGCAAACAGGAAUUAAGACCAGCAAUAUGCAAUGGGAGCUACCAGCUUGCAUUCAAGGAAGAAAAACAAAUCCAAAAUGCUAACAAACUACAAUCAGGAUUUGCAGGCUACAAGGCAACCCGUGGUCCGCAAUAAUAACUGCAAACUGUCUUGACUGACAUGGGUAUUUUUCUUUUGCAAAGCAUGCAUAUGUCACUGUUGUUUGGCUCAUAAGGGAUGACUCCCUCUCAGUAUCUACAGACACAAGCCCUUGAUUCAACCUGUCUCCAUGUUUGCCAUCAGAUCUGUGUACAUUUCUACAAUUACUCCUACAUGAAUUGAAAGGAGUUGUCUUAUUAUGGAAUAUUAUUCAAUAAAAUAACAUAUAUUUGUAUGAUUGUAA